UCUGAUGCCUGAUCCUCACUGAGAGGAUGCUAUCGAUCAUGCUCGCAGAUGUUUCCACCUCCACUUUGAUAACCAUGCUGAUGCCCACAUUCACACUCUUCCUGCUCCUCAUUGGCUCCUCGGAUAAGGUAGGUGUUUCCAGCCCUCUAAGUUUCAUUGUUUAGUUCAAUUUUUGUAUUUAUUCUGUCGGUCACAUUGCUACAACUCGUUCCCACGCUGAUGCUCAAAGAGAUUUCGUGAUUUUUUUUUUCUUUCCAUGUGCGCAGGUAAUGUGAGCAGCGCGUGCUUAUACACACCGCAUGGGAAAGCCGAGUCAUCAAUGCAGAACUCCUCAGCGCUGUUCGGGAUGGUGAGCCACUGUCAGACCCCAACUUUCCCCGACUUCACCGGCCUGUCGCUCUCCGUCUACGGCAGCAAGGCGGCAGACAUUUGCUCGCGCCGUGCCGCCGGGAGCGCCGCUUUUGGAGCUCAGAUUUGCCGGAGCCCCUCUGACACUCCGUCUCACAUGAACUGCGCCAGCCCCAAAAGACUCAUCGCAGCCGAGGAAAAAACGCAUCUGUCAGGCAAAGCUCCACGAUCGUGCCUCCCGCUCCCACCCGUGCAAGGUAAGACCAUGCAUGAGCAGGAGCCAGUUGAUAACAUGAGGGUAAACAAGAGUUAGAGUCCUACUUGAUGGUUUGAAUUAGCAUUGAACUUUAAAAUGAUUAUUACCCUCAUUCAAACAAAUCCCCUGAUCAGAAUAACAAUGACAUACUGUAUUAAUUGUAACAGCUGCUGUGUCAGUCUGGCCAAUUUUGCCAAGAAGCAUUUGGGAGAUCAUUUGAGGUUGAUAAAAAGCCCUCCUUUAAAAUAAUGCUGAUUCCACUUGGCUGCACAUAAGCAGAACUUUGAUGCAGCUGUACUCUGUAUUUGUAUUGAGAGCCCUGUUUGCAAUUUGGGAUUAGGUCUGCUAAUUAAUCCCAGAUUUCUCUUGGAUCUGUUGCCAAUUCAUAAAUAACAGCAGAAUCAAAGUCCCUGUUGCACAUGAAGGGUAUGUGGAGUGAUGUAGCUACAGUAUGUAUAAUAACUGCCAAGUGUUCGUUUCUUAUGAGUUGUAAUAAGCAAUAGCAGUGUUCAGUUUUCAGGGAACGUUGUUGGAUCAUUUAAGUGUGGAAAACUUGGCAAGUCUUCUUUGAAAUAAAUAUUUUAAAGAAUAAUUACUUUUCAAGUAUUUCCUAAAAUUUUCUCCCAAAUUUCAAACAGAGCCAUUAUUCAUCCCGGAGUAGUUUAUCCCUCAAGUUGCUAAAAUUUACGUAGCUAAUAACUCUUUCUCAGUCCAAAAACAAAAACCCUUUGAGAUGGGCUCAUUAGGACCAGCAAAGGCCCGAAAAUGAUUGUUUGGAUGAAAACAAAAAAUUGUCCUAAACCACCAUCCAGGCUGGAAAACGAGUUCUGGGUCUGAGUGGAAGCCUCCUCCAUCCUGUUUAGACAGAGUGUUGUUGUGAGAGGGCGGAGGUAAUUACAGUCUCAUCUUAAAUUAUGAUUAGACGGAACAGACUUUUAUAUUAGCAAUCAUCCUUCCAGCAAGAAGAGGAUCAACAGUUUUGAUUGUUGUUUCUUCUUGCUAAACACAAACCAUAUGUCUCCCAAAUGUGUCCCAGCAUUUAUGAGUUCUCGUAGAGCACAGAUUUUACCCUCAGCCCUCCAUCCCCAACAUCCCGAAGCAGAAUGAAUCGUCUCAUUGUCUUCGCAACGCUUUUGAACUCACUUCCCGUAAAUUGUGGGUUUUCAAGAUGUGUUAUGUGUUUGUGGAUUAUGUUGUGUGGAUUGACAUGGAAUCAGACACAUUUAUAUCUGUUUGUUUGGCUCCGAGUUGGUGAGGCAGUUGUGUGCUAUUUAAUAAUUUCAAUAUUUUGUGUGUUUUAUGAAUUUAACAAGUUUUCAGCCUCCAGUUGGAGAGCAAAAACACUAUUGAUUUUCACAUAUAUUUAAUGUAUAUUUUAAAGUGUUACACAGUUUAAACUGUGCAGUCUGUAUUCUUAAAAAUAUGCUCUGUAUUUCAGUCAUUUUGGUGUUGUUUUAUUGUCUCCUCUGGAGUAUGAAGUGAUCUCAGUGCUCAUCAGUCUUUUGUAUCAUGCCUCAUUUCAGGCUGAUCAUAUUACAUAUUCCCAUUUGGGGGCAGAGCUGGAGUUUAAACUGCAUUCUCUAUUGCUACUUGAGAGUUACACUGAAAUGAGUCUCCAAACAGACACAGACUCUGAUACUCAUCCCAAACUUACCUCAUACAGGAGAUUUCUGACCUUUAACAUGUGGCAUGUGAUUGCAAAAUAUGGACUUUUGCUCAGUGAAAACUAUUGAUAAAACACUUUGGACCUCUGAUGUUUCAUCUCAAAGUCAGAAUAUUUAUUAGAGGAAAAUCUUGUGUGCCAGUGUGCUCAAAAACAUUUGCACCCAGUGCCUGUCCGUUGAAUUUGUAAUCAUGCCAUAAAAUGCAAAUCUAAGCUUUGCUGAACCUUUUACUGUAACAGUCAGCUAGUAUUGCUUGAGAGUGUUAGUGUCGGCCUCAAGGGACUGACAGAAAGAAAAAUUCAAAUUAAGUGGAAAAGCUUGGAAGUAAGUUGCAACGAUGAAUUAAAUACAUUUUUAAAGAUUAAGGAGCAAAAAAUAACAAGCAACUUAAAGUUCAACCAAACUCUGUGACUCUUCACUGUUUAUCUACCCCUGCAGUUAAUGAAACUAAUCGGCAUAAAUCCAAAGACAAUUAUUGAAUGUACUUAGUAUUUUUUUUUUAACAUCAAGUGGAAUGAAGCAUAAAUUACAGAGACUUACGUCACACCUGGCGUGUAAGUUUCAAAACCAAGUUUCAAAAGCAGCUGAUCAUCCUUUCACUACCUGCGAGUCCUCUGUGCUAUAAAUACUGGUGCCCACCAGCAAAGAAAAUAUUGUGCUUGCGAAGAAAAACACUCGACCCCCUCUUGAGAGAGAAUAUCAGGUUUGAAUGAAGUGUGUACUCUAGCAUCAUUUGAUACCUGACUGAAGUUUCUCCUGGCUGGGACGGCGCUGCUCUGUCUGUGGGCUUACUUUGGAGAAAAUGUUUGAGUUAGAAGAGUGAGCCGGGGUGCUGCACUUGCUCUCUCAGAUCAAUGCAGAGCUCUGUGCGGGGACUCAGCCUGUAGAAAGAUGAGUAAUGGAUUUUUGGAUUUGAUCAUUGUGAGAGGGUUGUUGUUGUUAGACAGCGCACAUCAUGAAGACACGUUUACUACAAACCUGCAUGAACUGCAAGUAAACAUGCAGUGUACAUUUGCAAAUCGAUGUAACCAGCAUUAUCUAUGACUUAUUCAUACAAAGACCAUGCUAGUGUGUACCAGCACACACUAAUAGACUCACACACGUAAGUAAUUAUGUUCACACUUUUUGUGGUGGAGUGGCAUUGGCACCAGUGAUGAAUUUCCUCACAGUGACUUGUGUUUUCCCUUGCAGCAUUUGUAAACCUCAGCCUGCAGGGCGAUAAUCUGACUGUUAUGAGAAACAACUGAAUAUCACAGCGCUGCUUCCAGGCCCCGCUCAGCCGUGUCCAACGCUUAAUGACAGAGACUAGUAGCAUGUGGAUAGAAAAACACAUAGAGCACAUGUGGUAAAUUUCACUUUUUCCCUAUUAAACAAAACCAUUUUUCAUUUUUUACAUAAAGCAGAGAGGGCAAGUGGUAUUACUAAGACUACAUUAUUACUUGAAAGAGCCAACUAUGCUCUCUCAGCACUGAAAUCGUGUUUUUGACGCUACUAAUGCGCCUAAAAAUAUACUUGAAUCAUCAUGGUUAUCAACAAUACCUGCAACGUUACUGCUGUUCAGGCGACAGACUAUAACGUAGUCAAUUUCCUCUAUUUGAAAUGUUACAGUGCUUUCUUUGGGUAGUAGUUUGAAGACUCUUCAUCUGAGUAAAUCUACACACUUGUUUGUAUAUCUGCAAUUCUGUGGACAUGUGUACUUCAACUGUAACAAGGGGUUUUAAAUUUCAUGAAAUACCCAGGACUUAAGCCGUGUUCAAGUAGGGGUGGGCGAUAUGGGAAAAGUUUAUCGUGAUAUAUUUUUUUCAUAUGUAAACGAUAUAAAAGAUGAAAUUGAACAGUGCUUAUUGGUAGCAUGUCUUUUACAAUUCAAUAAGCUACUGCAUCUGUGAGGUCUUUGUGUCUCUUUGAUGUUUUGUUGUAAGGUGUUGCGCUAGAGAAAGCAGAAUGGUCCGCUGUUUUGGCUGCAUAGGCGCCAUUGGUUUCUUGCUCCCCUCGGGGUUUGUAACCCUUUUCAUUGCUCGUGCUCUGCCAUGUGGCACUGCUUCAGGUGGUGAAAAAGAUUUGAGGUAUUCCCCGACAUUGCGAGAACAUGUACUCGACAUUAUUCGCAGUGCACAUUACUCUGUUUCAUGUCCGACCUAAAACAAACAAAAUACCUCCACACCACCGAUGUUUUCACGCCAGUGUUGUCGACAAUGUCAUCAUCUGUUGAGCCUUCAUCUGUAUUUCUGCCGAGGGUAGCACUCAUUUUCAUGCUUCAUGUGUUAAAGUGCUAUGGUUGCGUGUAGCUGCAGCCAGCUACUACACUGUUGUUUGCUACUUGGAUCUAUUUAAGCAUAUGAUUGGUUCAGCACGAAGCGGACCCGGGGUAACUCCGCUUUUCAUUGGCUAUUUGUAUAGUCUACCAAAACAUGGCAGAAUGCCGACUAUCAAAUAGGUUAUUGACCAUGUUUUAUAUCAAUAAUGAGGGAAAUUAGUUUUCAAGAUAGAUCGUUUUAUCGCCCGGCCCUAGAUUCAAGUUUUGCUUUGAUAUAUGCAGAUAUGUGAUUCGCUCAGCUCUGUUUUCAGUAUUUCUCUUGGUAGUCAGUUCUUACUAUAAAACUGUUUUUCCAUCUUGCUGAAUCAGCACGGUAGUCAUAGUCUAUGCCUCCAGAGUUUUUGGAAGGGAUCUCACACUCACAUGGGUUUGGUCACUUGUUGCUUUGUAUCAAAAUACUGAGGAGAUGGUGAUAUAUCCUGAAUACUAAAAAUCGAAUAGAUGCUCUGAUCACUUAGAGAUAUGGCUGUGCAGAUGAGAUGUUGUAUCUUUGACCACAGUUGGAGUAUGGGCCACUCUUAAAAUUGUUUCACAUUAGAUCAGCUCUUUCUUUUAUUCUUCUGCAUGGAUGAAGUCACCACUGAGGAAAUGAAAACAGCAUCAUGAUGUCCUCCCACGCUUCGACUCAGUCUCACUCAUUCACUGUGCUGUCAUAGUCUGGUUUGGCAAGACUACUGUGAAAUGCAAGUUUCUGGUCAAGAAUUCGAUAAGACAAGGGAAAAAUCAAAGCCCCUUUUGCCUCAAACCUAUUUUCAGGAGAUAUUUGAAAAGGAAACCGGAAAGUUAGUCAAUGUGGCUGACCCCAAUAAUGUCCUUUUUAUAAGAAUUUGAGCUUUUGCCAUUCAGUGAAACCAAAACUUACUGCCUCUGCCUUAAGAGUACAACCAUAUAAUCAUAACUUUCUUAUCCGUAAGAAAAUAUUAUUUUUCCUUGCUGGAUUUAAACACUGAAUCUUUGCCACUUCUGUGGAUCUGUGAGAGAGCAGAGGAAAAUCAACUUGAGCACAAUAAUAUAUAUUUCUUAAGCAUUGUUAAAGCUUGACAAACCAACCGGGGAUUGAUAAAGCAGCCAUUCCUCCCACAUGUUGUAAAAAACGGGGAUAAUGGUAAACCACCACAUCUUUGAGGUAUUAUUCGUUAGCAUGUGAAACAACCAAACAUCCACUCUUUCUGCAUUUGUGCCUCUAAAUCAGAAUAACAGACUAAUGCUGUGGUAGUAGCAUUCCUCUUAUAGGUUUUCUCACCAGUCUGUACUCUUGAGCUCCCAUGAGCCUCGGCCCACAUCUCUUCGUCUUGCAUGAGCUCAGCUGUGAGUUAUGGGCAAAUGUGAGGGUGCUGCAUGGGAAGGGUGUUUCAGGGUGUAAUGUUUGCAGCAUGUUCCAUUGAUUCAUAAAGCAUAGCCCCGGUGAUGAUUCUGCGCCGGUAUUCCCGUAAACCUCUGUCUGGCUGAGGAGUCGAGGUGGGAAUGCUGGGUAAUGGAAUGAGAGCGUAUCCUGAGUCACAGCCACUAGAGAGGGAGAGUGAGCGAACACCCCUGAUCUGGCAUCUGCACAGCUGACUCACCUCCAUCAAAUUUGGCCAGAAUUACAGAUGACGUGUGUGGAAAGGAGGAGAUAAGUGGCAGAGGAAGAGAUGAGUGUUGCAUCAACUCGACAGAGGUUGAAAUCAAAGAGGAAGAAAGAGAUUUAUGAGAGCUUGUGGCUGUUUGUUACUGGAGUAUCUUUUGAUUGGUCCUCUGAAGCUAAGUCAGGCGUGUAUGAGCCCACAAAAAAAAGGAUGCAAAACAUAGACGUUUAGCACUGCGGCCUCACCGCUGCCUUUUUCCUUCUCCACUGUCAGUGUCAGUAAGGUCAAAUGUUCUCAUUCUUAUGUGACCAGUGUGGUAUGAGUACGGCAUCUCACUGUAACCAAAGGCAUUUUGACUUUUAUGCUGCCAAAGACUCCAAACAGUCACUCAGCAAAAAUAUGAUCUGGUUUGAGUAAGUGUUGAAAUAUCAUUGGAAUUCCAGAGGAAACAUGCUCCCAGCCCCGACUUAAUCAAGAGAAAUCUGCAGAGCUGGCUCAGAUAUGUUGUCAUAAAAUGUAUUUUUAGCACAAACUUUGCCUUGAGAAGUGCUGAAAAAAGUUUCAAAUACCUCUUUUAUUUGCUGAUGGGGGGGGGGGAUUAGUCUGACAACUCUUGUAAAUUAGACAAAUAUAUGUUACCUUUUGACUAUUUAUAGCAAAGUUAAAGAUACGUCUCACUUAUUCUUUCUGCCUGGACAGACAUGCCACAGUUGACCACACGUCUAUAGAGUCUUUAUUACUCAUGCAUUUUCAGACAGCAGCGACUCCUCUCGCAGACCUCUCAGUGUAUGACUGAGCACAAGGGUGGGUUUUUGAUUUACAUCUCGGCUGUGCCACUUGCUGUUCUUGGCUCAACACUGCUGUGUUUCAUCAAAGAAAAAUCCGCUCCACUCUGACUGUGGCAGUGAGGACGGCCGUCGGCCGCUGUGCUGCCUCUGCCAGAGCGGGGGCUGAAAGCUGACUGGGCCCUCGCAGCUGUCAGCUGGAGAGAGGAAAGGGGGGAGAGAGAAAGAGAGAGAGAGAAAGAGAGAGAGAGGUAACUUUUGGAAGCUGGACUAAACAAGCUGCAAGAGCGCAGAUUGAGUGUGAAAGGGCAUUUCUGGACAUCUGAGUCAAUCAUGAGGAUUUCAUCUAUUCCACCAGAGAAUAUGCUACUACUGAAUCAGCUGUUUAUCCUUCUUGACUCAAGAUGUCACAAACAUCCAGUAAGAGUCAUGGUUUCUAAGGCUGAAUCAGAUCAGCGUGUAAAACUGCAACACCAACGGUAAAUUUUUAGACUCAGCUUUUUAAAACUGUGUCUGAAAUAGUCCUUUUUUAUAGGGCUGUGCACGUUGCUGAUGAAUCAGCCAGCCAAUCAUACACCGGCUCCAACCGACUGGUUAAAAACAAAUGUGCAAACAUGAUGCAAAGCGAGGCUGUUUUAAUGCCUUCAUUAGAGUGCUGGAGAAAGCAGCCAAAAAACCUGAAUUUUAUCCUCUUUCUUGUUCUCUCCCCAUCUCUGCCAGGAAGCUGCCAUGGGGCAGUGCCCAGUCAGUGCACCACACCAUUGGCUGGCUCUGCCCCAGAGGACUAUGAAAGACAUUAUAAAGUCUAAUAGUGCAGUUUAUAUACUUUAUUAGCGCUCGUUAAUCGAAGCCAAACAUUCUGGAAGAAUUACCUAUUCUCUAGUCAUGAGCAAAACUAUCCAGACCCUGCGCUGCAUUAACUUGCUCACCAGGACUAAUAAGUGCACAAAGGAAUGAUGGAAGAAAGGUUGCUUGGGGAAAAUGCACUCUUACUUGUCUGUGAAAGUUGUGGGUUCACAUCAAUCACAAACCCUGAGCGUGACAACCUGCACGUCUGUAAAUCUGGAACCCAGUGUUCUUAUGUGCAUUAUGUCUUGGCAGAUGUAGAUCGGUACACAUUACUGUUCUGGAUAAAAAGCAGAAUUUUAUCACAUAUAGGCAAUAUCUGUUGAUUCAUUCUCCCACAGAUAUAUCUAAAAGCACUGGCAAGCAAAUCUUUGAGCCGCAAUUUAUUAUAGCUUAUAAAUUGUUUGAAUAUUAAAACCGCAGAGGUCCCACGAGUGCACGGUGAUUUCAUCCUGCUCAUUCUUUGUCAGCACACAGGCAGCAUUGUAGUUCAGGUGGACGUGUGUUUUGUGAAAAUGUUUCUUUUUCAGUUGUGAAUCUGGACAGCGCGGUGCUGCAUGAAGAGAGGAAGUGGAGGAUUUGGAGAAACUUAUGCUGCUGCUCUGUUCAGGUUAAUGCCUGUAAGUCCAAGUAGCAGGGAGCUGGGAGCUUGGCCAGGCUGACUCUGGAUGUUAAUAAAGUUUAGAGGCUCUAUGCCAGCACUGUGAUCUGUAAUGCUUAGGGUUAUUUUUACAGACUUUUUACAGACAAUUAUAUUUGAAAGGGCAGGCUGUUUCUCGGCUGGGCUAAUAUCAGAGCAAGCAGAUAGGGGAUGUGAUAAGAAGAUGCAAUUUCCCAUGAUGUGACGCAGCAGAGUGAGUUUUUUUUCAUUGUGUGGGAAUAACUUCAGUAUGAGAACUCCCCGUGAAACACUGAAACAGACAGCAAAAGUAUUCUUUAUUUAUAUGCAAAAUAACUUCAGUAAUCGCAGCUUCCUGAUUACCACACUUCCAAAAACCUGGUAGUUCUGCCACUAUUCAACAAGACACUUUGACUACAUCUCGAAGGGGAGAGCAAACAUUGUCAGCCUUAAGGUCCAUACACACUGGGAACGACGCAAAUAUACGACGUGAAAUUACGAAAUAUUCGGAGGCGAAUUUUGAUGCGCCUGACUAUACACAUCAAGCACGAUGUGAUUUUGCGACUUUCCGGGGGGAAAAACUUCCCAGGUGGAAGUGAGAAGACUGACACAACACCAGACUGACUGUUUUCAGCUCUGAUUAGACACUAGUGUUGAGAUGACUGUCUGUCAUAAUAGCAUGUACUGAGUCGGGGGCAGUACCAGAAAAGCACAUUAAACUAUAAUACAUAAACGUAAGGUAACAACCAAGACCAAAUGGUGAUGUGACAUUAACGCGAUUGAGUCUGAGACAGUGAAAAUACAUAUGGUAUGUUGUAUCUGAACAGGUUAGCUUACGAGCUAAAGUUACUUAGCACAGAUGAAAGUUAAAACAAAGGCGUUUAGCAAACUGUUAAAGCACACAAACCAUCGUCAUACGAGAGAGCCGACACCUUGGCUCUCCAAAAUUUGUCCUUCAGUUCAUUAUCUUUGUAAUAUUUGUGUUUUUUUAUCAAAAAGCACUCUGUUCUCCAACACGUAAACAAUCAGCCGGUCGGCCAUGUUGGAUAUACCGGUGAAUCUGACAUCGCAACAACACGAAAUCUGAUUGGUCAGAAGUGGACACACAGUUUGGAACUUAUAGAAAAUUCGACCGUGAUCCGAAAAAAUAAAUGCCGCAAUAUCGCAGGAUGGGAAAACGUUGCUGAUGUGAACGCUUGUAUUGACAGGAUUCGGGUUCGAAAAAUAAAAUUGACGUCCGAAAUAAUCGUAAUAAUUGAAAUAGAAAAAAUCGAAAAAAAAAAAACGCUCCCGGUGUGUAAGGACCUUUAUUCUUAGUCCACUUUCUCAUCUGAUUUGAUUUUGAUUUGAAAAUCUGUAAUGUCCCCUAAGGACAAUUUGGUUUGCACCAGAAGUUAAACCACACAUUUAUACAAUUCUCACAUCACAGAAAGCGUACAGCAGAAACAAUAUGAAUAAAUGCUCCAAUAAUGAUUAUAUAGUUUAAUAAUAAUCCAAAGGUUGCCUUUUUAUUUUCUCUGUCCGGUGUCAAAGUCUACACAUUUGAUUAGAGUACUCCUCACUGACAAAGCUCCUCAACAGAAAGUUGAAAGACAACAUUGGCUUGUUAGUUGCUGUACUGAUGUAGCUACCUAUCAGAGAUGUCAGCUAAAUUUCACCCUCUGAAGCAGAAAACCACCAUGGAGAGUCAAGCUGGAUGCUCUGGUCGGGAGUUUCCACUGGAAGCAACAGAAACAUCUGUUGUAUUCUGUCUCCUGUUGUGUCUGACUGCUUUACAUUCACUACACCAGGAUGCAUUUUAAUGAGAACUGUGGCGCGCUUAUUUUGGCAGAGUUUUCCUGACGAUCAGUUCUGUUUUUACUUUGAUUUACUAUUGCUCCCAUUAAAUGUAGAACCCCCUUUACUCCAUUUGAACCGAGGCUGAUAUGGGCGGUGCAAUAAGUGUGUUAAAUGGAUCCACAUUACGCUGAGUAAUAGCCUCAGUAUGCACUCUUCAUUAACAUGCUUAACAUUCCCCCUAAGACCCAGAAGUCGGCUUCUAUAAUACACUGCUUAACACAAACAUCAUGUUGGACUCUCAGGAUCUCUUAUGGGGAUUGUUGGCAGUUUUAGUAGUGAGUAGAUUUGAAUAGUGUGGGUUUUUAUGUUUGUGUUUGUGUGCAUGUAUAUUUGUGAAAGUUGAGGAAAGAUGGACACAUUUAUGACCUCAAAGCCUUGAAUAAAGCCUUGAAAAGUUAAUAAAGUUUGCAAACACUUAGCUAGCUAAUUACAGUAGAAAUCCAGCAACAAAAUAAGAUGCUGUUGCAACACUGCUUGGCCUGUAGAUGCAGGUUUCCAAAAAGAGACACGCAACUUUGUAUAUGAUACUUAGAAAUUUCAAAACUUGGCCAAGCUAGGGAUGCUUUUCAACAGCAAUCAAUCACCAAAGGUACUGUGUGCUUUAGUCAUUUUAAGCCCCUGAGAAAUGCUGUGCAAGAGUCCAAAUGAACAAAUGACAUAAAACUGAUGGUAUCAUCAAGUUUGCAAAGACCUUAAUGAAACUAGACAUUCAGAUUCAAAAUAAAAAGCCAUACCAUCUGCCUUCAUGGUAACUGUUUGCUGAACAGUGAGUUAAGAAACACUUUAAACCCAUAUAACCCCAAACUCAGUUGUUAGCAUGAGCAGGCAGUGAGCAUCAACGCUAUCGAUGCCUCUAAAACAUUACAUGUGAUCCUUAAUGAUGGCUUUAAGGUAUUAGCUUGUACUAUUGGCACAACAAAUGUGAACUCUCCACAACCCCAGAAGUAGACGACUGACAGUUUGAGUUCAACUCCCAUGGAAAAAAAAUGAACAGCUGCAAUCAGCACAAAAUUGGAACCAUUAAUAACCACUCAUGGACGGUGCUCACAGAAGGUAUAAAAAGAGAAAGAGCUGCUCCGGGUGGAUGUUCUUGUCACUGGUUUGAAGAAUUAAUCCAUAUAGUUUUUCCAGUAAUGAUUUAGACAUUAACACUUGCAUUGCAACCAGAGUAUCUGGAAACUAACAGCUCCUGUGAGGAACAUAUGGCUGAGUGCUGCCCCUAGCUGUAGAGCUGUCACCUUGGCAUUGGCUUCUCCCGCAAUGCAAACAUGUCCAGCUACUCUGAUGUAAACAAGUACUUGAAAAAAUGACAUCUAAUUGGAUUUGGUUUGGCAGUAUUUUGGUCUAAAAAAUGGAGAUAACGCUGACUGUGUCAUGUUGAACCGGCAUGUAACUGACCGUAGCAGCGUGUGACCAACAGCAAGUGUGGAUGUUAAAGCUCCUGUGAGAAACCUUAAGUUUCUCUCCAUUAUGGCACCCCUUGUGGGCACUGCAGUCUUUGCUGAUCUUGCUCUUUAUUCAAUAACAGUGUCUUCUCACAAAAACAAAACAUCUCAUUCUGAUAACUUUUGACAGUCAAAUGUGAGUUAUUGUGUGAAUAUUUUAUAUAAAAAUGACAAAAAAACAGGGCUGUGUCUGAUACCUAACUCUCUUUUAGGCAUCAACAAUAACAACACCAGAAUUGCCAGUCUUGUCACCGAUGGUCUUGUUUGCCUUUGGAUAUCAUAAGAAGAUAUAAUUUGAAUAUCAGUUUAUGUCACAAAUGUAAAAAAAAAAAAACUCUUCACAGGGGCUUUAACUUGCAAUUAAGCCUGCGGGUAGUGGGGCUAGCUCUGACUACAUUUACCACACUAGUCUGCAAACCAAUUAGACAGCACACAUCUGCAUAAUCUGUGGACUUGUGUCAAGCUGUGUCAGAUAACUUGAAAUCAAUUUUGAUAGUUUUUGGUGUGUUUCUUACGUUUUUGAUAGUUAAAUGAUCAAAUGAAACUUGUGAUGGUUUUGUGUUCUUAGUGGCUUUGCUGCGUUAGGACACUCAAACACUUAAGGGUGUAAAUGUCUCUUUUUUUUAAUCAGUAUUUGGUAAAAAUGGUGGAGUUAGGCAGGUAAUGUUUGAAAGAAGAAUGAUUCAAGCUUAAUAGGAUCCACUGUGUAGCUGUUCUAGCUGGCGUGACAUUUAUGGUCAUUUCCUGCAGCUCAGCAUUCAACCUUUACGACAAAGCCAAAACCCAUCAGGAAGCGCUUCACUCGCCUCAAUACUGUGAGACACAGAUUCUUGGAUCUGUUCAAACCAGGAAAGCUCACAUGGCGUCAGUAACCAGUAAACGUCCCUGUAGCAGGAAAUGUUUCUUAUAUAUCAUCAGUAGUUUCUUGACAAGAAUAUUUAGGAUGAGUACCUGGCUUCCUCCCCAGUAUGUCCUAACUGAAGCUGAGUCACAGAUUUAUCAGAAAGGGGGGGACAGGAGAAGUGAGCAAGAUUUCCCCUCUCUCUCUUUUCUGUUUAUCUAGGUUUUCACUCCUCAGAGUCAGCUCACAGCACAUGUUAACGGAUACCGAUAAAAAGCCUAAUCAGGCUCUUCCAGCUCAUAUUGACAGUGAUCUAAUAGGCAUGUGUUUGGAAGUUGAAAUGAAUUAGGCAGCGGCAGAGCCGUGACAGCCAGGUGCUGAGCACUUGGCCCAGUGUAUCAAAAACCUCAGCCAAUUGGAAAAUGCUUUGCAGAAUUUAUCUACAGCCUUUUCCCUUGACAAAUUAUUUUAUUGUUCCCACACAGUUGGUUUUCAUUUCGUCUUUUGGCUAAUGAUAGACCGAGAGCAUGUGGGCUAUUGUUAUUCCUUCAUUCAGCAGAUACUCUGACUGGAAGUUGCUCACAUCUGAUACAACACUCUGCAAAAGAAAACGUGAUCCACAGAAGGUUUGCAGUCGGAUUAUGAGAUGCUGGUGCAACACAUGAGGCAGACAAUCUUGAAUUGCUUAUUGCUCUGUAGUUACUCUAAGUACCUCUGUGGCAUGACCUUACUGACUGUCUGUCAAACCGGCUUCCUGAAGCAACAACUUCUGUUCAACUUCCCCUCAGUGAACUCCUCCCCUCCUCAACUAAAAAAAAAAACCUUUAAUCACAUUAUUCUGUGUGUCUCAUGUACCUCGACUUGUAGAAAUGCUGUGUGAGAGCUGCAGAUGGUAAAGAUACGGUAAAAAGUUACGUCCUAGCGCUGCACUCUGCCUGACCCGGGCUCAGUGCAUCAGGACUAGGCUGCUAAUCUUUAACAAAUGCUGGGAGUCUCCAUGACCGGGCCCUCGCUGAGAUGGCUUAGUCAAAACAGCCUCACUGCUCCUGAACACAAUCUCAGCCUUUCGCUUAAUUCAAACGUUGAUUAACUAACAAGUACCUGCUGCUUGUUCCACAGCAUUACACAGCCCCAUGCAUCCUGCAGUGCUGUAUGGAGUUUGACAGUGUGUUUCUUGUCCUGGAGAGGGACACACAGACCUACUGUGUUUCUGGCUUUUAGGGAUUUUGUGGAUUAAUGAUGCAGGACAAGUGAACGAGUAGAGUUUUAUUGUUUAAUCUGUUAUAAUAUCUUACGGGGAUUGAGCUUUUUUGGUCUGAGAUGAAAAAGAUCUGUAUGAAUAAAGGUUUUGUUGAAUUGUGAAAUCCUGUGGUAUUUCUACAAUGGGAUACAAACAAAGCUUACAAAAUACCGCGCACUGAAUUGACAUGUUUUCUUUUACCCUUGUAAGCAUUUGUUACACUCAAACUGUGAUUUAAAUUCUCAGUGAAAGCAAACAACAAAAUCAGCAAGCACCAAUUCAUACUGACAACCAUGAAGCAAACAGCCAAGACUUUGACAGUCUGGUUUGAAUUGAAUGAUUUCUGGAUUGAGAUGAUAGCUGCUUUGCUAACAACAUUGCAUCACCACAGAAGUGCCUGCCAACUAACCUUUCAUAUUAAAGCAAAACUUUUCUUUUAGGAGAAGGUUUUGGUAAGAGCGAGGACAGAUGGACUUGGGUUUAAAAUUUCAUUGGAGUCUCAAUCUUCUCUUUCUUGACCUGGUGUCAUGAAAAUCUGUUAAUAAAGCACAUUUCCCAUCAUCACACCAGCUCCUCCUCUAUUUAUUGGCGAUCUCUUUGCCUCGCCAUCUCAGACACUGCUAUCAUAAACGCGGGUCUUGUGGUAUUUCUUGGCUUUUAUUAUUGCUAAUUUUGGAAUGUAAUUUGUUGCACUGGAACAGUAAAAAUUGCAAUAGCAGAGCUUUAAAGGGAUAUUCUGGUGCAGGGUUAAGCCAUGAUCAGACACACCAUAACACCGAGUCAGACGCCCCCUUGAGAGAUGAAUGUUGCCGACCGCUUGCUUCUCCAGUUAUACCAACUUUAAUAAUGACCACACGAUAGCAAUACACAGCAGUCUAUUCCUCCACCUGCAAACCGCAAACAAAAAGUCACUCGUAGCCACAAAUAAUGCUCAGAACAGCACCUAACUUCUUCAACAGUACAUAAAGGGUCCCAGCAUGUAGUACAAGCCAUCAAACAUCGUUUUAGCUUUGCCUGGUUUCCUCGGCAAAGACACCAAACACAACUCACCUACUCUCCUCCAGCAGCCGCUUGUUUGUGGGGAAGCCCUGAUGAGUCAAUCACAGAGUGCAGCAGAGUUCCGCAGCUCAAGGAAGAACAUUUAUGAUUAUUACUUCAUGGAAAUGCAAUCAGACUGGGGCACUAAGGCAGAAGAACUACUAAGUCAGGAGUACAAAUACAAAAUACACAAGAACUCUGAUUGCAGAGACUGACUGCAAUCAGACUUUUUAAAAAAGCAACUUAGCACAAGUUUACUUUCAUCUCAUUAUUUAGUUCAACAAAAUCUAACAUGACUUGUUAGCUAUGUCCUUGAUAGUGUUGGCUGUGAAUGUAAAUGCCCAAUUUACCACAGCGCCCAUUUUUACAGGCCAAGACCUGUUAUUGGACAUGAAAAUAUGGCCAUUCUGGGCCACUGUAAAGAUGCCAGUCUUCUACGAGCCUCCAGAGCUCUGAGCCAUGAAGGAGUCCAAUGAGAGAGGCAAAGCGUCAGUAUAUGUACGCUGCAGCCUGCCAAAGUACACUCAUUUAACAGCACAAAAAGACUUGCACUGAGAACCUACAUGUUUAUGUUUGGGAUGAUGUAAAAUGGCUAGAAUUCAUAUUUCACAUCAGAUUUCUCUUAUAAGAUGUCCUCUCUCAAUUUUUAUGUGCAAGGAAACAAACAUUUGCAUUUCAAAGUUCUUCAAAUAAAAAUAAAUGAAAAGCAAAGCAUUUUAUGAGUUUGGAGACUAUAUUGGAAAACAGGUCUGGGGCGAAAUGAAUAUUUUUUAUGGUUCGUAAAAGAGCUUCACAAUGAAUGCCAGGUUAUGUGAAAGGCCUGACACAUGGUGCAAGCCAGAGCCUUUCGAGGGUUCUUCUUUAUUCAGACUUUUCACAGACUUACACAGACAGACUCUAGUGUUCCUUUGCCGCCAAACAACACAUGUGACAGAGGGCGAGACGCUGAUGAAGAAUAAGCUCUUUAUUUCUGGUUGUUAUCACUCGAUUAGGCUCCCUCUGACUACUGAUAAAUCCAAAUAUCCAUAUAAAUAAACCGCACAAGUAAACUAUGAGUAGAGCUGAUGUAUUCCGUCUUUUGUUGACAAUGCAUGUGUUCUAUUUAAUGUAUAAAUAAGAAUUUGAUUGUCACGUAACAAAAGGUCCAAGGUUUCAACCAUCACAUCUAAAGAGAAACAAGUUCCUGACCAUCAUUCCACCAAUGAGACAAAACGCCUGUCUCACUGUGGUCGUUGCUAUUGGCUGACUCACGUGGUGCGGGGAUGUGGUAAGUGCAGAAAUCAUAAUAAAGGGGCUCUUAUUACAGCCAUUAAACAAGAGAAGGAAAACACAGGAGGCCUUUAAUGCCUGGACAUCUAAAAUGCUUACGCAGUGAGAAUAUAUUUGCUCAUAAAGCUCUUUGAUGGUGGCCCUGUCUGUUUUAAGAAACACUGCUGCUGUCUGUAUAAAUAGCUGUGUAUUGACCCCCACCGCAUAAGAUUGAGUGUGUUUGUUUAGGUGUCAUUUGGUACCAUUUUUGGUUUUAACAGGCCCCACUGCGCCUUAGUCCCUGUAACCACGGGAGUCAUGCCAUCAGAGCUCCAACAGUGGGCUUUUCCUGUAGACCUGUAGAGAGACGAGAGGUUGCCUAGAAUUGCAACCCCCUCCUCCUCCUCCUCCUCACAGCAGUGUUAUGGAGCUCUGUUUGAUGUGGAGUGAUGUAUAAUGUCCGCUGGACUGUCCAUCUUGAGUUACCGAGAGUCCAUGUUCCUGUCUCCUUGUGUGAUCUGUGUUUGUGAGUGAGUGUGUGUGUGGUUGCGACGGGGGGGUUGGUCCUCUGUGCCGAAGCCUUUGGUGAAUGAGGACUCCCAACACAAUAAAAGGAACAGUAUUGCUGACUUCCUUAGGUAUGUGUGGUUUGAAACCCAACACAGGUUUGCUCAGUGGAAAAUCUGGGGCCCACUCUUAUUUAUUCUAUAUAUCUACAAAUACCCCAACACUGUGGUCAGUCAAGCAGGAGGUUCCUCUGCAACAGGUAUUUAUACGUUUUUAAGCCAAGUAUUUGCACUUGGCUGCAGAUGUUGACUGCUGAACAAAUGCUGAUCUUUUGCAUCUUUCUCCAGUGGUGGUUUUAAUUGACUUGUUUUUGUGAGAAAUUAAACCAGGUUUAACCAAAUUAAACCAUGAAUUAUAUCAGGAUAAACAGGAUAAACUACUGACUUUUGUGCAAUAAUUUUAACUCUUCUACAGCAAUACAUUUUUCCAGUUGGGUAUUUAAUUUUUUUUAUUUGCUACACAAUGUAUCAACCACCAUGCAAUAUAAUAAUUUACUGCACAAUAUACAGCAUCUACUACACUAAACAUUUUUCACUGCAUAUUAUUUAGUGUGCCAAUCUAUCAACCUUUAUUCAAACAGCACCAAUUUACAAUAAAUGUUACCUCAAGAUGCUGGUCUUGAGCUGGUCCAGACCUCUUCACACAAAAGUUAUUCUUAUAGAUCCAUAGGAUAAGAUUAAGUCCCAGACCUACUUUUAUCCACAGCAUUUAGCGAGUUACAGUAGUAAGGAAAAACUAAUUCUGAACCUGCAGAAACCUUGAGCAGAACCAGAGUCAUAGUAUAGACAGUCAUCUGCCUCUGCUUUGUUGGGCUUAAGACAGGAUAGAGGGAGAUGCAGAAAUAAGGAAGUGGGUAGAGACAAAAGAAAAAAAAUUAAUGGCAACACCAGUAAAUACAGUUGCAUCAGUUGCUCCAUAGUCCACAUUAUUAUCACAUUAUCACAUUAUCAUGUACAUUAUCCACUGUACCAAAUACUUACUGUACAGUACUGUACAUCUGUCUACAAUAAACAUUAUCUGCUGCAUAAAUGUACAUUAUUAAAAAACCGAUAUUUAAUGCUCUACUUAAGUGCAACUUCCUGUACCUAGUCUAGUCUAUUCAAGUCUAUUCUAUUACUAUAUAAAUUCUAUUCUAUUCCAUUCUAUUACUCUUUCUAUUCUAGUCUUUCCUAUUACUGCUUCUAUUCUAUUACUUUAUUAAUUCUUUUCUAUUCUAUUCCAGUCAACGAACUGCUUGGCUUAUUACAUCUUAGUCUCAAUAGUUAGUUUGAAGAAGUUCUAACCUUGGCCUACAGAUGCGAUCCGAUUUUGACUCGGUUUGGCCAUUUUGGACCAACCAAACUGUAGUUCAGAUAAUAAUUUGUGUCUCAGUUAAAGGUUCUUACAUAUUAUGCAAUAGCUCUUGUGUGUUGUAUUCUGUCGCUGAACUCAAGGAGGAUUACCCUUUUUUCAAAAAGGAUCAACUUUCUUAUUGUGGUGAAAUGUCCGGGUUUUGAAACCAGGAACAUGAAGCAACACCAAUCAUUCCAAUAAUCAAAUCAAAAUAGAAGCCUCCCCCCUGUGCCUCCACUGUCAAAGCAAAUUGUGGGCUUUUGAAAAACUCAUUUUCCUCAAAGCAGCUCCGUUUUUUAGGUGAAUUAACCCCUAAUCAUCCUGACUGGCCAAUAUUUAGCGGUGGACGCCGUGGAGAGGCAGCAGCCUCAACUUUAACAGGAAACUUCUAAAAGCCAAAGUGAUUACUUUGCAUGCUUUGUACAUAUCCUUUCCUCAAAGUAACAUUCCUUUAGUUGUCCUCUGCUAAAACAACAAGAGGUAACAAAGUUGUAGGAAGUGAAAUUGGAUUCCUCUUUUGGUCCUUGAAACAUCUGGUUUGGCCCUUGUUUUAAACAAAUAGCAUCCCCUGUGAGAAUAACAGAAGGUUAUGUGCACUGUGUGUAGGUAAGAAAAUAAUCAUUUUCAAAUGUUUCUCCGUUCAAAUGUGAUCCAAUUACCAGAGCUUAAAUUCAACCUCUCAGUCAGACCACCGACCAUCAAGGGAGUUUUCUUCCAGACACUCUUCUAACUAUUCAUUUACUUCUCCCCCACCGCACCCUCUGAAGCAUUAAAAAUAUACAGUAAUUGCUGCAAAUUGAUCACUUGUUUUACAGGAGUCACAUAAAUCUGCACUCUUGUCAAACUGUAAUCGAUGGCAGGAGGUGUAGCUGGGCGAGAAGAAGAGGCAGGAUGUGUCAGAUGGGCCUCGAUGCAUCUGCUACAUAAAGAUACUCUCAUGUUCUGUGGUUGAGUUUGGCCACUGUCAUUUUGGAGGAAUUUCCUGCCAUCUGUGUUCAAUCGAAUACUCUCACAGUUUCAGGAUUGCUUGUAAAUAUUGGGUGCUGGCUGAAGAGGUUUGAAGGAGUGCUGGGAGUUUUGUACUUGACAGCUUUCUACACCAAAGGAACAGACAGCUGGCACAGGGAUAGGCUUAGCUAAGUGACUUUGUUUCAAGGAGCUGCAUGGAGAUAGUAGACUAUCGAGCUGCUUUUAGAAGAGAUGAUGUUACUUUAAAAAAAAAAAAAAGAUAUCUUUUUUACUGAGAUGGAAGCUCAACUUUGAUUUGGUUUUUGUUGAGUCGUCUUUGUCCCUGAAUACUACAUCAGUCAUCUGGUUUGACUAUUGAGCCUCUGUGUUAUGCACAAGGAGCCAUUAUAAGGGAUGUUUCUGAUUUGAUUGAAGGGUUGGUGCAUUAGCUAAAGUCCUGAUUACCUGAAAGUUAGUUGGAGUCAGCAUCUAAAAAGAUGGUGCCCACCAUCUUUGGGCUUCUUUGUGUCUGUCUAGAAGCCAUUGGGUGACUGUGAUGCUAUAUCCACUUCACUUGAUCCCACCUUCACAUAAUGUUGGUUCCAUUGUGAUGUUCACACAUCCUAGAUUGAAUGUUUCAGUAACUAUUCUAUGUGUUGUUGUGAAGUUUUGAUAUGACGAACUAAGACAGUUGGCAUGGUAACCUUGUUCCUACUUAACCUUGGCAUAUUGUCAAAUCAGCAUAGUAAGUAUGAGGUCAGUCUGAGUGUCUCUUAAACAAGGUGUGCAAAUACCCAGUUUGUUUACUUUUAUAUCUUGUACAGUGAAUUAUACUGUAUGUUAUACAAUACCACAGGAAUGCUUUUCAAUAUGAUCACUUUAACUCCGCUUCCAUCUUUACUUCAACCUGCUUUUAUUUCACAUUUUACUUCACAUUUCACAAAUGUACAUUAUUCAUCAAUAUGGACAUGCAAAGCCAUACAAAAGCCAUGCAAAAUAAAUCUACAGCCAUGUUAGAGCCCAAUGUUUAACAAUGACCUGAAAUGUUAUAAAAAAAUGUGAUAAAACCUAAAAAGUAAUAAAUGGUCAAUUAUGUGACAAGAUGCUGAGCCCAAAAAUGUUUAUUAAAAAAAACCAGAUUUGAUGGUUUCAAAUAAUUUAAACCCUUUAUUUCAUCAGAAAUUAACCUCACAUUUUAUUUUUAUUUAUUUAUUUAUUUAUUUUGUUUUUUUAUAUAUUAUUGUAAUCUUUGUGUGUAUGGAUGUUGUUAUGUUUGUUGUCCUGUCAUGAAUGAAAAUGUUGGAAAAAUAAAAAAAGUAUAAAUCGUAAAAUAAAAAAAAAAGAAGUUAACCUCACAUUAAAUUUUGUCUAUAAACAAAACCCCACAGUAGCUACAUCAUCUGAUCAAAACACUAACCCAUAAAUUGACAGAUUAGCUGAUUACCUUUGUGGAUUGAAAUAUCAAACUGCGUUUUAUUUAAACUGCUUCAGCAUGCCUUCUCUUUGCAACCCACCUCCACUUCAGCUCUUACUUUUUUUGCUGUGUCUGCUUUUAUCUGUAUCAUGUUGUUCGGUCACUCUGCUCUGCUCUGUUUCCUGAUGUCUUCGCUGCAGCUCUCCCGGCCUUGGCUUUUCAUACAUGCACAUGAAAUGGUAGAGAGCUGUGCUUUACCCACUGCAGUUUUUGGCAUCGCAUGUACGCAGGUGUUGUGAGCCAUGACAUGCAAAGAAGAAACCAAAUAUUAACAUGAUUCAAAAACAGGGCGACUCUUCUGGGUUUAUUUAAGCUGGCCGAGGCAAAGUGAAAAACUGUCCCGUGGUCUGACAAAUCCAAAUGUGAUCUUCUUUAUGGAAAUAAUGAAUGCAGUGUCCUUUGCUCUAUAGAGCAGAAUAACCACAUCGCUUGUUAUCAGCUCACAGCUUCAAAGCCAGCAUCUGUGAUGGUAUGGCUAAUGGUAUGCAUACCCUGCUUACAGCCCAAGCUUGUCACCCGUUAUAAACACAUGGGGCAUCACGAAGCAAAAAGUAUGACAAAGGACCAAGCUGUUACGCUACUAAAAUCCUGCAUUAGGCAAGAAGAGGACAACAUUUCACUUCAAACUUCAGAAACAAUGUUUACAGAGUUGUAAAAAGAAGAACUGAUGCAACACAAUGGUAAACAUGCAUCAGAUAUAAAACAAGCAUAUGUUUUCCUGUAACAUUUUUCCAUUUCAACACUUGUUGUUAUUUUUGCAAUAUUUCCAAUCAAAGGGUUUGAAUGGUUCAAAAACCACCAAAUUCUUAACAUUUUACACAUGGACUCAGACUUUUUGAAACAGGGGUUGAUACACUGUUUGAAACUCAGCCAUUCUUGACAGUAUAGUUUAAGUGCGAACAAUAUACAAAGAUUUUAUUGUCAUUAUAUUGAUGUGCAUGUACACAGAUUAACAUGAUGGUGGUUUAACAGUUCCUGUGGUGUUUCGAUUUGACUUGGGCAGGCACACAGCCUCACUAUGGCUGAUUGAUCAGACCACAGAGAGGCAGCGUCUGCAUGAACUGCCAUGUUUAUUUUUUACAGCAGGUUUCUACAAUCUGCUUAUCCUGGCAUUUUAACACAAAAAUCUAUGCACAGACUGGGUGGGAUAGUUAAAGGACUAAUUUUUUUUUUUUUUGGGGUUGUAUUUAAGUAUAUUUUUUUAAAGAAGCCUCAGCUUUGACACUUCUCUGAGGGUGUGGUGCUUGUCACUUCUCUGGACUGGCUGCAUUACUCUGCCAGGAUUUACUGCUGCCUCUCCAAACAGAGCAGCCUCUUGUCUGGCUUUGAAGCACCUCAUGAUCCCAUGCCGAGGUUUCAGUGCUGUUGGCCUGGCUCGGCACUCAUGUUGUUCACCAGCCCAAUAAAGGUGUCUGUCAUGAAGCCAGGCAUCCCUGUCACGUCUGCCAGCCAACUGCAUUACGUCUUGUCAGUCUGACGCUCUAUCAAGUCAGUGCACGGGCCCGGCCGACGCUUUACACUCUGUAGGACUGUUCCAAUUAUGUGGCUUUUCAGUCAAGUUGUAGGAUGUGGUUUGGCUGAGCACUCCUUGUUAAACUUUGUGAUUGUGUGUGAUUAAUCCUGGCAGUGCACAGAUUUGUGGGCAUAAUCUUGUUUUGAUAGCAAUUGUCAGGAUUGAAUUGUGGCUGCUAGAGGCUUUGAUGUGGUUUGUUGACUUGGCACAUUUUUAUUCGAUCAACUAAUAUUAUAAAAGAGUUCAGCAAAAAAGAUAGAGAAAAUGCUUAUUUUUGUGAUGAUAAAUUAUUGCUGAGGAUUUUUUUUUGUUUUUUUUUUGGUUGUUGUCAUUACUUAAGUUUUAAUAGAGACGACUCAGAGAGGAUUUAAAGCAGGUCUGUCACUUAAAGCAUUACUUUUUUAUUUGUUUUCCAAAUUGCCGGUCCUCAUUAUGGCUGUCAGCAUUAAUGUGGUUAUAAAAAUGAAAUCCUGAAACAACUGCCUUUUUGUCCCUUUCAGCACACUGUAGUCAAGUUGCUGCAGUGUCUUCCUGCUUCCUGCUGCUGUCAGGAUAGAAAAUAACAACAUCACUGUGUUUCUGAAUGGCACGUUUCACUUAAGAAGUCCUGGAUGGCUCAGUUGUUAAGUCAUCAGUAAUAUGCAGUUUUAUAUUAUUAUUAUUAUUUUGAAAUGUGAAAUGGAAAUUUGAAGCGGCUGCUGGAAGAGAGUAGGUGAGCUGUGUUUAGUCUCUUUGCUAGAGAAAUUAGGCAAAGUUAAAAGAUGUUUGGUGGCUAGUAUUGUGGCUAGGUCUCUAUAUGUACUGUUGAUGAAGUUAGGUGCUGUUCUGAGCAUUAUUUGUGGCUAUAGAGUGCCUUUUUGGUUUAGGUUGUGUGUGGCUCCUCAGACCGCUGUGUAUUGCUAUCGUGCGGUCGUUACUAAAGUUGGAAUAACUAGAGAAGCAAGCGGUUGGCAACAUUCACCUCUCAAUGUGGUGUCUAACUCGGUGUUAUGGUGUGUUUGACCCUAAAUUAAUUUUACGCCGGAAUAUCCCUUUAAGACAACACUGUGGAUGAUCUGGUCUGAGACACGUUCUCAGGUUGGCAUGUAUUGCUCUUCACUCAAAAUCAGUAAUGAGAUUCAUAAUCUUAAACAAGUGAAAAAAACAUGAGAAACUGUAAUUGACCUUUAAAAUUCAGCAAUUAAUGGUGACUUUAGAAACAGUGUUUUGACAGCCCCACUUAUCAAAUAUCCAGUUUUUACAGCAAAUAUGCACCUAAAGCCCCUGUGUGGUGUAAAAGUGCUCAUGAAACAGAUUAAAAUUACCUCUUUAUGACCCACAGAAGCAAACAAGACCACCCGUAAAAAUUUCUACAAUGUGAUUUUAAUGCCUGAAUGAAGGGAUGUGGCACACCAGAGGUCAGGUAGCAUGGUUAAAAGGAGAAAAAAAAAACAUAAAAUACUGACAAUAAGUGACAAAAUCAACACAAACUGGGAGAUAGUUUCUAGAACAAUAUUAAACAUUACAAAAUGACAACAUUAGAUGUUUCAAACUCAAUUUCUGAAUGUGAAGUAAAUCAUGUUUUCUUGUCGAGAGAGGCGCUCUAAACAAAGUUGAUCAUAGGGUGCAGUGUGGGUGGUCUGAAAUAGUGAGUUACAGUUCAAACACACCCGUUUAUAAAAGCAGAAUAUCACACCUGGACCUGUUAUAUCCAUAGAUACUUCUCCUUAGUUUGACUUUUUCAGACCUUCUAUUGAAGCUGCUUACCUGUUGAUUGGUAUGCCUUUGUUAUAACCUGGCUGGAUGACACCACCAGUGACAGGGUGCUGCCACCAGGUGGUGUCAUGCACAAGUGUAAAGUUUUAAUUAUGUUAAUCAUGGAUGAAAGCAGAGGAGAUGAUUGGCUGCUCGGAUAAGAAGGAGGGAGUUAGAAGUGAUCUGGACACUACCAGAGUUUAGUGUGUGUGUUUUCUUUUUGGCAUAUUUGUUUGUGUGAGUUAGAGAGAGAGAUGCGUGUGUUUGUGUGUGUGUAUGUGUGUAGAGUCACAUAAUCCCACAAUAUUUUCCCAUGUGUUUUGCCUUACAGCCUUUAUUUUAAUCCCCAUGGUGAAGCAGUUGGUGUUAGGGCCGCGAUGGGCGCCGAGCCUGGCACUGGGAUGGGGUGAUGGGGUGGGUGGGAUAGGUUCGUGGGGUUGUUGGGGAUGGGAGGGUUGCUGGCUGCCAACUAUUUGUUUGUAUUCAUGACUGCGGUUAGCACUGCUCCACUUGAAGAGCCUGGUAUUGUGAGGAUGCCUGCUUCCCACAACAUGUGCCCUUUUUCUCUUAAAGGCAGCUAAUCAUUUACGGACUGCUGCAAAUCAUCUCACAGCUUCUUUUUUUUUUUUUUUUUUGCCAGAUGUAUCCACUAAGAGGUUUUCUCUGACCACUAGCUUUGCAGCUCUUUGUCAGAUGUUAAUAUGAUUUCUUUAAUUCUAUUACUUUUUGGAGUUGAAGCAUGCUUUGGAGGUUUGCAGCUACACAAGUCUUUCCUCUUCACUUCAUCCAGUCUGGGGUUACUGUGUGACCAAACUGACCAUGAGAAAAUAGGCAGGAACAUAAAUACCAAGUGGAGAGCAGGUAAAAUCAGCAAGAACAAAUUGAUUUUUAUCCCCAUGAAAGUUCUCAUGUCUGCUGGUACUGGUAAUCCUCUUACAAAAACACUGACAUUUUUGUGCUCCUGCGGUAAUUUAAUCGAGUUUUUCUUCUUCCCUUCUCUCCGCACCUGCUUUAAGAGGAGCUUUCUCCGUAGACAAUGUUAUUUUUCAUUUACUUGUGCCCUCAGGUUUUUCAAUCAUACAUCCAUUACUAAGCAAACAAAUAAGUUCCGGGACUAUGCCGCAGACACAAAUAUAGACAUGAGUUAUGAGAUUCAGAGAAGCCGGGCAGGCUUUAGACCUUAAUACACAACAUCUGCAGCGGACAAGACCCACAACCAGAGCAUGAGCAUCCCUCUACAAAGUCCUGAGGCCUUCUGUCACACACUUGUAUCUGUUGACCCAUCUCGUGUUGAAAGAGAGUAAAAAGAGGGGGGGAGCACGAUGGCAGCAGGUGGGGGCAGACAGGAAUAAAAUGAUCAUUAUUAAGUGUUUAAGUGCUGAAUGUUAUGAUUUAUGGAGCCAAAGUGGGGCCAGUUGAGGUGUCACAUCACAUUUCCAGAGGCAUCUGUCUUGCGGUUUUGGCAGCUUGUUGUACCUUGGGUUCAGAUGUUUGCAUCACACUCCUGACAUCCCGUUCGCCCCCCUCCAACAUCCCUCCUUCCCUCCUUCUUUAAGUACAGUACACCUCUGAUCGCUCCCCUUCCCUCUCCUUAAACCAUCCAUCCAUCCACACAUCUGCUUUUCAUUGAGGCCUGCAUGUCUCUGAAGACUUGAACGCAUUAAAUGCUGGCACAAACACAGUCUCACUCUGGCACUUAACACGGCGCUUAGGUGACUUAAAAGGGAGAGGCGAGAAUUAUAGAAAAUGAAGUGUCACCGAAAUAAAAAAUCGCCCCAGAUUACCACCAAUUACACUUAAUAAUGCUGUCCAGACCAUCUGCUGAUCAGAUGGAAGAGAGGUAUUGUCUGUGGAGAAAUAAUCAUGCCAGGGAAGACGUGACGAGGGGAGACUCAUUGAGCGAGACAAGCAACACGGAUUUUCAACUACAGGAUGAUGCAGUUUGAGUUUUCCUCUACUGUACUGACUUGAAUACUUUGUGUGAUAAUUCAGUCAUAACUGUGUAUCCUGGGAUAAUAGCUGUUAUUUCAGAGGGGUGAAGUUCUGCAAGAUUGGAGACAUAUGUCUGCUCUGCUUUAUUAGUCAUUUAUUAGUCACUGAGGUCAGGGGGAGAGUUUUUUAGCCAAGGCACAACACUGCUGAACUUGAACAUGACUCUGAUCAUCAGCCUGUGAAGGUGUACAAUUACAGCGCAACCUACCUGGCCGUGAUCCCCGAUAUGAAAUUCUUCCAGUAUGUGAAGCGUGUUAAACAAUCAAUGUAAUCAUGGCUGCAGCGACCGCAGCCUUCCACUCAGGAGUGAGUCGUGCUUUAAUGAUCAGAAUUACCGAGUCUGCGUUCCUUCAUUGUUCCUGUCUAUUGUCUUAUUUUUCAGCCUCAGCGGUCGCAGUGGCUGCAUUAAUCAGCAGGAGUAGGAUUAGCAUUCACUUUCCACUCAUGACCGUGAUGCAUCGGGGCUUUACAGCUUUGCGCACCGUGUUCCCAGAGGAUUUAGCCAAGAAGGGAGCAUGACAAAUGGAUGACAUCAGAGCGAGGGUAUUGCAGGGUGAUUGGAACCUCGAUCUCCUCCGAAACCUCAGCCAAAUAAUAAUCACACAUGUCCCAAAACAAGUUCUCGAGUAACCACGUUCAUCUCUUUAUAAUCACACUCAUGUAGGGAGGAUUAAUUUUUGUCUUCAUGUGAAGCAGAGCAUGAAAAAAAGGCAAACUGCUCCUUUAAUUUUACUUCUCCUCUAAUACGUCUCAGCAAGCUCCUCAGUUUACAGUCAUCCUGCUGUGAAAGGAGCGGGCGACUUUAAUUAUACAGGAGGAAGAGGGGUGAAUAGAUACCAUGUGAUGACAUUUAUGGAGCGGAUGACACCACUUUAGCUGUAACCCAGUAUUAUUAGGCACCGUGUUAUCAACAGCAGGAAUUGUUUUUUCCCCACAGUCCUUCUUCAGUUUGAUUGUUUUAAGGGUGGUGUUUUUAAAGGGUGGAUAACAAUACAGUCCUUCUUUGUGCCUGCGUCUUUACUCAACAAUGCUGACAUCAGUGGCUCUCUGUGAGGAUGAGCCAGCACAUCUGUACAUGCUCUCUGUGCUGAGAACAACAUUUGCCCUCGGUGCUUUGGCACUGCCCCGCUUCUUUCUUUCUUUCUUUCUUUCUUUCUCUGUCUCUGUUUCUGCCCCUGCUUACCUGAUCUCACGCCCUCACGGCGUCGCUUCUAAUCGGCACUGAAUGUUAGCAACUUUUUUUCUGUUCUAUCAGCGCAGCAUCCCACCCUGCUUGUUCUAAGGUGCUCAGUAGAGCUGGAAACAAUACAGGACUGAAUUUCCAUCUGCAGCAAUCAACUGCAAAUGUAAGGAUUUCUUUCCUUUUUUUUUUUUUAAUUCUCUGCCUUCAGGAGGAUCUACCUCAGAGUUCCCAGUGAGAUCUUUGUGGGGAUUAGAAAUGUUUUAUUUACAUUCAACGCUCCCUCUUCAGAACCUAAGGACUAGGAAGUGAGAGAAAUACAAUCCCAUCCAUUUAUAUCAUGUUAACCUAAUUUUUGGGAAUCAUCUAGAACUUAAAAAUAUUCUUUCCAGCUGUUUUUACUUGACAGCACUUUUCUUCUUCCUUGCCUCAGCAGGUACAUUAUCGUUGUGCACUACAGCGUUACCCUCUAGAGUGUGUGCCUGACUAAAAUAGAAUUGACUCACUCAUGAAAACAUGUUUCCAUUGAAUCAGUGUCAUGUAACCACAAGAUACCAUUAAUUUUUGUUAGAUAUAGCAGCCUUUUACAUAGGGACAUAAUUCCAACUCUCCAUUACAUAUCAAGGAAAAAAUUCAGGUUGAGAGCCAAAGGAAUGUGCAGAGUGAUGCCUGCUCAGCAGACCACCCAUAAAUUUAGCUCAAUUAAGAGUAGAAUGGUCAUUUCUCCCCCGUCUUUAUCUCACAUUUACCCCCUCAUUAAUUCAGACACACACCUCCUCCAUCUCUCUCCCUCUCUCUCUCUUUCUCUCUCUUUCUCUCUCCCUCUCUCUUCUGCCAUCCCUGCUGCUAGAUGUCUUACAUUUCACCUCAGUCCCUGUUGCUCCCUCUGGUUCCCACCUCCUGAUCAAACUAAGCUCUAACACACAAUGAAAUGUUCUCCGCUGAAUUACCAUUGCACAUUCAAUAUAAACUGAAUUUACCGCUGGGUCCGAUCCAAGUCGCCAUAUGUUGAGGAGCCUGUUUCCCUGACCAGAGCAUGACUGAUUCUGUUAAUGUAGCAAAGCUCUAAAUCACUCGAGUGCAAACUUUCUGCAGCAGAGGGAUCAAGAGUUAUAACUCUCAUUUAACACUCUGAAGUCAGUGAGCUAGAGACACUGAGACGACGUCUCCCAAGAUAGGGACACCUUAAUCUACUUAUACUUGUGCUAAGAUGACACUUGUCACAAGAGUUUAACACAGGAGCACAGGCUCAGCAGGUCUUAAACUUUUCAGACUUCUCUGGAUGUGUUUGAACCUGAACAAGUGAUUUAAAGUGAUACUCAGUAUUUUCAGAGACACACAAACUCCCAGAUGUCAGUAAAACUUCAGAUGCUUAUAAAGUGAGGAUGAGUGGGAGUGACAACUAUGUUGAAAAUCUGAUCGUUAAAUCUGUGCAGCUCUUUAUCAGACCUAACAAACUGUAAUUUGUUUUAUUUAUCUCUUAGUAUGAACUUUCCAGAAACAUACAGAUUAUUAAAAGAUUCUGCCACACGCUUUCGUGCGUAAUUCAAAUCACUUGGCCACGGUCUGUCAAGUUGAUGAAGCCACAGGUCUUUACUACCCGACUCUGCAACUUCCAUCAGCUCUACAGUGUGUUUCCCUGUUUAAAAGACCAAAACCAUACUCUGCAUACAACAUGGGUUCUCUUUAAAGAAAAAAACGUCGAUGGCAGUCGCAUACUGCAAGUACUGUGUGCCACUUGUGCAAAUUUAUAAUGCAAAUCUACACCUAUAUCCCUAAGUCUUAAUAUCUUCAUAUUGGAGAAGUUACACCCCACCCCUUCUGUAAAUUGUGCGCAUGAGUUAAUUUAUUUCUGCUGUGAAAAUGCUGUACAUUUGACAUGUGUUUUACCUAGUUUAUUGUCUUCCUUGUGGACACCUAAGAGACUACAGUUUUCUGGCACUGUCACAAUAGCUUCAUAUUUCAACACAGGAGACUGCUACUGACCAUCAUCUGACAGUCCCUUUUCCAGUACUUUCUACGCCUUGUUUCAGCUUUAAGGAGGUAAUACAAAAAAUUCUGCAUGAUUCAGUUUAGCUGACCAUGCUUGUUCAGAGCAGCAUCCACAAACGUACCCAUGAUCUUUAGUAACAGUGAUUAUGAGCGUUGAUAAGGUUGUUUUUAAAGCUCCCGUGAGGAACUUUUUGGGCACCCUCUGUGGGUCUUUUCUUCUCUCUUCUUCAUUCUCAAGGGGUGAUUUUUACUUUUUUAAUAAAUUUAUUUAUUUAUUUUACAAAAGACUCUCAUCUUGUGGACUUUUGAUAGUCAAAUAUAUCAUCUAUUGUUCAUAUAUCUGGCUGAAAUUCUUAAAACAGUGCCUAUUUUGGCAGCUGCCUGGCUGACACCUACCCUCUCACACAGAUUUGAGGCAUCAAAAAUUACAAUAUAAAAACCAUCUUUUUUCCAUAAAGGCAUUUAUAUCUGUUUAAGCCUAGGUACAUGCCACAAAAACUCCUCACAGGAGCUUUAAAGAUAAUCAAUAAUAUGAGAAAUCAGAUCAGACUUGUAUCAAUGCUGUAUUUAAAUAGCAUAUAAAAACUUGUGUUUUUCAGUGCACCAAAGAAGUAAAAGUUUUACAUUUAUAUGUUUAAAGACAUAACAGUUUUUCAGCUGAUCAUAAACCAGACUAAAAUUGACAGUGUUGUCUCAUUAUGAGCUUCAAAAGUAAACAAAACCAUCAGGAACAAAAGUAAUUAUUUAUUUUUUGUAGUUUUUAAUACCUGGGACUGUCACCAUGGACACAGACACAGAUGUUAUUCCUUAAGGGUCACAUUGUGUCAUACUUUAUGAUUGACUGUUAAAAAACAGGAGAAUAAGAUUUUCGGUCAGACAUCAUCCAUGCAUGUACAGGACAGUAUCAGCAAAGAGAUCAUAUACACAGCUUUGCUCACAGUGGGCACUACAAUUGAUACAAACCAAGAAGUUCCUUUAAACAAAAUGUGCUUUCAAUCUGUAACUAUUUAAUCGCGCAAUAAAUAAACAUGUUCAUAAAUCUGACCAGAUGAACACCAGUAUUUAUUUAUUUUUAUUUGCUCUGAUUCAUGUUGGACAUCUGCAUUGAACAUAUUGAUGUUAAAUAGCCAAACUUUUCAGGUGUUCGUGGAGAAACCGAACAACUUUGGCAGUGAGGACUUUUGAACCGAUACUUCAUAUGACAUUUAUUUUGAGAAAACGGUUCGUAUUUAAAUAGUUAUUUCUUCGUCCAAGUCCAGAUAAAGGUUUCUAGCUGGUUAGAAGUGUUUUGAAUUAUCUCCAUCCUCAUUCUGUGUCAGUUUAACUAAUUUUUAUGAUGUUUCUCGCUUGUAAAAAGUAUCACGUGCAAGAGCAACAUUGUCCUUAAACUUAGGUUACUUUGACAGGGCUGAUUGGUAUUUGUCUGUCUCUUACAAACUGUGCUGGUGAGUAUGACCCAUGUGUGACAAAGAGCAUAUGCAUCCAGUCAAGUCCUCAUUGACCCACUGCCAGUCCAUCCAGAGUUUAACAAUGGCAGUAUUUUUAUUUCCUUGUUUGUGUUGUGUGCAUGCAUGAGGACAGUCAAGGUCUAAUUAAACCAGCUCUGAUGAUGUUAGUCAUCUUUUAUACUGAGUCAUGUCACUUCUGACCAUCCUGAUUGAAUUACUCCUGACUUGAGGCAGGGAAACACUUGGCGUCACAUCACCAUGGCUUUGAAACUUUCAUACAGAAACACAGUUGUAUACCCUGAGCCAAAAAGCAGUAAAAAAAAAAAAAGGUCUAAAAAAAAAAAAGGGGAUUGGGUAAACAGAGUUAUUUGUAUUGCUUGAAAACAGACCAGAACUGAGAGACAACUUGCCUUCUGUUAACGGCUUUGAGUGAAACCAGCGUUGUUCUUGCACUCCCCUGGCGAUACUGGACUGUUUGCAUUGCUUGCUUGGCCAUUUGUGUUUCUGCUGUGACCCGUGACAAGACAAAUGCAAAAGGGAGUAAUGAUACAUAAACUGUAGGAGGGAUAUGUCAAAAAAACUGUGGGUGACAUGGCUCACAAAGUUCUCUUGUUUUCUCUUGUCUUUUGUUCAUCCUUGUAACCUCUCAAACUCAUCCUCCCUUCUUUUGUUUAGUUUCUCUCUCCAUCUGUAACCUGUUGUCAUAUCUCUCUCCUUUGUUUGUCUUUUUUCUUAUUUUAUCCUCAUUUAGCUGAAUAUUUCUCUCUCUGUUUUCACAUUGAGUUUAUUUUCCCCUCGUAUAUCAUUGUCUAUUAUUUCCAGUUCCUUUUUAUGUCUCUUACGUACAUGGUGUUUAGGUGACUGUAUUAAUAAUAGCUCAUGGUGUGUGAUAACAUUGUCGAUAACAUCGUUAGGAGAAAAUUGAAUUUAAGAAAUCGAGUUAAGAAGGUUGGAGCGGGGGACACGCGGCCGCCUGCACAUGGAUGUGUGAGGAUAUCAGCUUACUCUUCACAAAUAUUUCCUCAUACUGCGCGGCCCUCCCUCCGUCCACUUUCAUCUCUCCUUCUUUUGUUUUAAUAUGUUUUAGUGACAUUCAUCAAGUGUUUUUAUUUUUCUUAUUAAGUACUCAGGUUGGAAUGAUAAAAUGAUAAAUACUGCGUGAUAAAAGCCAGCAAUAAAAUCAACAACAAGAGACUGGAAAGAAAAACAGAAUCGGACUAUUUCAGAGACGGUUAGCUUAAUAAAUGAUGUGAAACACUAACUUCAGAACAAUAACAUAUGUUUAGGGUCAGAACAAAAGAAACUAUUUAUUCAGCGAUGACUUUGCAAAUUUUCAAGCUCAGUCUUUAUUAGUUUAAAAUAUUAAGCGUGGUGCUUAAGGGACAAACACUGUUAAGCUGAUAAAGAAAGGAAAAAAUAAGGUUUUUCUUAAUAAACAUGAAGUUUAAGGUUACAAAAUGUCAAUUUUUACUGCCUGAGCUCAGGACCACGGCGUCUAAGUUACUUUUGCUCAUUUUAUGAGUGUCCACGUGUGGACAAAACUUAAAAUUUUUCAAGAAAUUUCUUCAAUAUAAGGGUUCAUCUGCAUAAAUGUAACUUUAAUUUCUCUUGGUGUAGCACUGUGAAGUGAUUCACACAGUACAUUAAAAAAAUCAUGACAAAGAUAAGGGAAAAAAAACACACUUAAAGAGGAAACUAUGAAAAUACAUGGUAGAAUUAUGUAAAGUAGUUUUACAAUACAUGCCACUUGACCCUAACAACCCUUUUAACUAGGACUUUUCUAGAUGAUUAUAUCCUAAACAAUUAAUACAAAUGGGUGAAAUAAUUUUCUCUGAAGCAUUCGUUGCAAAACACUGGAACAAUAGUUGAUCAUUUUCAUAGACAGUUUGUUAUUUCAAUAAUUAAGUGAAACAACAGCAACAAUUUUAUUGGCCGGAUCUUCCGGACACAUUAAUUCCACCAAGUUUAUUUUUCCAAAGAGGACGCAUCGCCAUUUGGAAUACAAUUCCUCAAUUACUCCAGCAAUAAUAUUUGGACAUAAAUCUCCCCGGCAUUAUUCUUACUGUCACUGCUCGGGCCCUGCCAAAGAUCUCUGUGUAUAUUACUGGGCUCUACAGUGGUGACAGCCCAUAAUUAUUCCUCAGGAGAUUAUUAAUAAUCUGAUAGGAUUUCAACAUGUCACUGACGGCAUCCAUCCCGCUAAGAACUGACUAUCCUUCCAGGGCAGUCAGUAGAUCAUAAAGUCCAUCCUGUUAGGCCAUUAUUUUUCUUUUUCAAUUUGAGAUACAUUUUGCGCUGCUUUAACAAUACUAUAAUACUGUCUCUUACAACUAGUGAAACCCGUUAAGUGUUAUUUUUCCUGCUCCUCUUUCAGUGAACGGUGCCUACUGCUCGGAGAAGGAUGCUGGCUCCGAGCUGGGAGACUCUCAGGGCUCCCUGAUGCGAUGUGGGCAGAGCUUGCCACUGCUGGCAGGGGGUCAUUCAGGGGGGCUUUAUACCCAGAGCCUCCACUGUGACAGACCUACACCUGACCUCCUUCUGCAGGACGGCCCUCACCAGAACACCAGGUAAACUGUCACUAUCGUUGCCGCUUUCAAUUAAUUUUGUUCCUCUUCCAGUUAUGAAUACCUCCUGUUGGCUUAGGAUUACUUACAAUGUGCAGGUACAAUGUGUUUCUCAUUAUCUGUGCUUUCACAACGCAAAUGCACACAUGUGUAAAGUUUUACUUGUUCUCAUGAAAACACAUGAAGGGGUCCAAAGUACAACAUUUAUGUUACACUAAUGUGUUUCUUCUGUUGUGCAAUCUUUGACUACUGUUUGUCAAACGGUUGACUCGUGAAGCCCUCUGUUUUAGGUUUUGUCCUCCUUUAUUCUCUCUAUCCUCGACCAUCUGACCGACAGCGUUCCUGGACAGACACUCACCCCGCUCAUAUUGUCUCUCAGUAUUUUCACUGCAGCCAAACAGGAAAUGGCGCCCCCGAAAAAAAAAAAGAAGGAGAAGAGUCAAGUCUUUAUUAUCAACAACAACGACAAGAACUGCCCAUGACUCUCUAAAAUCCUCGCUAGCGUAGGCUCUGCUUCUCCCUCAGAGUGCUCAGGAAAAAGGGACAAAGACGAUUCCUUCAUGAGACAGCCCGGAGAAAAGAGAGCUCUUCUCACAUCACUCAGGGGCUUUGGACAAAAUCCAUAAUGAGCCAACUGACAGGAAUGAUUAUGUAGGAGAUCACAGCAACGCAUGGAGAAAUCUGACCUGAGCUCCCCAUUCAGCGGGGCAAAGAUUCCCACCAUAAUACACAGUAUUGUAAACGCUGACCCUUCAUAGGCUGCAAUUAUGCCACCAAAACAGGUGACUCCCUAUUUAUCCCCGAUGUUGGGUUGGGUUUAACCCCUUUGUGCCAUCAAAGCCUGUCAGACGGACACACUAGCCUGUGGCCUCUCGGUCUCAGCAGCCACCCCUCCCCCUCCUCUCUAUUCUUAGUCAUAAAUGCCCUUUCAUAUCCUCUCACAACCAUAAGAUCCUGUUUCAUUUAAUCAUAAAAACACUUUUAAUUGUUCACAUUGGAUUCUGCCUGGUGUCCAGUAUCUCCCUAUGUCCAGAAAUCCAUGACUUAGGCUGCACAGUUGUAUUGUUCUGACUUUACGUUGAAGUUGUUUGGAAUAGAGAUCAGUAUUACUCCCCAUUGAUGACAUGAUGUUUACCGAUAGAGACAGAAUGAUUGAAGGAGAAGAGUUCACAGGGGCUUAGCUUCAACGUUGCUGCUGCAGGAAGAGAUCAACCAGCCAGGAUCUGUCAUCAUCCCAUGAGCUAAUAGCGCUCAUAUUCCCAUCUGUGUCUCUUUCUCCUUACAGAUCCCCCCUUGCCUUCCACAGGACCCUGCCGGGGGCCUCACCUAACCUGGGCUGCGGCACCUCCAAUGGUGCUCACUCCUCUCUCCCCUACCCAAUCAAACAGGAGAACUCGAUGGGCUACAAACUCUCCACGGGGUCAGGGGUCCACAGCAUGCCCGAUGCCGGGUUUCAAAACUGUAGGGCGGGACAGGUUUUUGGGGUGUCAAGAGACAAGGUAUUAGGAGCACCGCAAGUUAGCCACAACGGUAGCGGCGUAUGCGCAGUGAGCGGAGUAGGUGUUGCUGUGUCAGGGGACGCAGUGCAAGCCUUUAAUAAUGAAGAUGGCUCCUCCCCGCUGGCUUUGUCCCCAACUGGCUCCCAUCAUUCAGCGCGGCUGCUCAGCGCUAGCAGUCUGAAGAGACGCUGCCUGUCCCUGGCCUCGCAGUCCACCGUGGCCGCAACAGGUUCCCCGUCAAAUACCGGAGCUGUUUCCGAAGAGAUCAACAUCACCGCCAUCAUCUGCUCCUCCUCACAGAUGUCGAUGGUCACCUGCGUCAACGGGUUCCGUACAAACCUCUCGCCCAGCCACACCAGCAGUGCCGGCUUCUCUUCCUCUUCCUCCUCCUCUUCGACAUCUCCACCCUCAAACUCCUGCUCACGGGAAGCCCCCCAGAGGCCCCCACCACACGGCAGCCCCCAGCAAGCCUCUCUACAAGAAAGCUGUCAGCUAUCCUCACCUGCCACCUGCCUGCUCUCCCUCUCCUCCUCCACCUCCUCCUCCUCUUCAUCCUCCUCGUCAGCGUCAUCAGCAGACCAGGAGCAGGGCCAGGGGCUGUGUGAGGAGCAGGGAUCCAUGCUACAGGGGCGGGGGGCUAGAGGAUCAGCUGGAGGGGGAGUGGGAGGCCAGGACGGGGGAGGCCAGGACGGGCUGGGACUGACGAUGAGUGGGGCUUUGAUGUCUGGGAUGCUGCAUUCGGGGCCUGAAUCUGGGGCUCUCCUGGAUGGGGGCCAAAGAUCAGGGGCUGUCCUCAAGCAGGAGCCCAUGGAUGAUUUUUCCCCGAGUGAAGACGAACUCUUUCAGCACCACUUUCAUCACCACCAUCACCUGAGCGUGCGCAGCGGGCACCUUCGUCACUCUCACCACCCGUCUCGCCCUGCCAUGCCUCCACCUUACCACUUACACCAAUACGUGGAGCCAAAUACAGGAGGUCCCCUUCAACACCAGAGCCAGCAAACAGCAUCCCAGACCUCGUCCCUUGGACUCAAACCCAACCUCGGAGGCCCUCCUGGCUCACACUCAGCAACAGAGCGUGAAGAAGCCGGAGGGGGGUCGCUGGCUGAUAGGCAGGCGUGUCGCUGGAUUGACUGCAGCGCUGCGUACGAGCAGCAGGAGGAGCUGGUGAGGCACAUUGAGAAGGUUCACAUCGACCAGCGCAAAGGUGAGGACUUCACCUGUUUCUGGGCCGGCUGCAUCCGCCGCUACAAGCCCUUUAACGCCCGCUACAAGCUGCUCAUUCACAUGAGGGUUCACUCCGGAGAGAAACCAAACAAGUGUAUGGUGAGUCUGCACAAUCCUGUCACACUGUAGACCGAACACUGACCUAGACAAAAGUAGUGAAUAAACAACAUCCGUGUUUUCCAUCCACCUAUCAACGAAUUUCUCAAAACUCAAUAAUAUUCACAUCCAUUUUGUCCAAAAACACAAAACUUACAUUCCCUCACUGCUAAAUACUUCUCAACACAAACUUUUAUUUUGUUCCUGUUUAGAAACGUGAGGAUUUUUUUCUGUAUUUUUAGUAGAAAAUGUCAAGUAAUGUCCUUAUAUUUCAUUCAGAAGAUGUGGUAAGAGUUUUACUUCCCUGUCAGUAUAAAUAGAUCUGUGGUUGUUUAUUUUACAGGUAAGUUUCCAAUUCCACAAGUCAACACACUAAUCAAUGUCAAGCUGUCACUCCCCCGCGUCUGUUAGCGAAUGGAAAAACCCUCCAACCUUAAGCACGAUUCAGUCCAAAUACACAAUUAGUCCACAAUUUGUGUAGGGAGAAGCCUUGUUUAUUUUCACAAGCACUCUGUUUUUGGAGAAGGGAUUCAGAUCAUGAAAAGCCAACACAUAUGGUUAACAUAACCAAACAAUACCCCACACUCGAUCCUUUCAAAUGGGAGCUUUAAAUGUUGAGCUGUCCCACAAGUAUUAAGUGCUUCUUCUCCAAGCCAAACACAGGGAGAAAUGCAGUAGUCUGCAGAAGCUGAGGGAUUGUCGGUUACAUUCGCUCGUCUUGCUUAAUUCACAGCUUCACUUAAGGCCCUCCUGUCAGAAGUGUUCCUCUUCAAGUUCAGGAACUCGUCCAGGUCCUAAUUAUUGAAGCACUGAGUCUGCAAUAUUGCUGCAGCACCUGUUUUAUCUCAAGGCCUUCUUAUUCUGAAAUAAAAACAAAACCCGAGCUUGUUUAUUUUUUCUAAAUAACAGUGGCUCGCAGAAUUAGCUCAGAUGAGGGUCUGUUAAUAGAAAGUUGUUUAUCAUGGCAGUUGUCGGUGCAGUUGGAGUAGAGAUUCUUGUUUAUCCUGACUGAUUCUGGGACUUGUUAGCACACAUGUGAGCUAAAAGACAAAAACCGAACUGUUGCUGCUGCUUUGCGUCACUCAGCGUUUCUGCUUCAUUGGCUCAGCGGAAACUCAAAGUUUGGAAGUCAUUUCUUAAAUUGUAAGUUUCCCAGUUGUAAACUCUGCUUUAGGAAUGUGUUGUUUUUUUGUUUUUUGUCUCUUUUUUAAAUUUUAUUUGUUCGAUUGUAUUUGUCUUGUCGCUUUCUGGCUCUCUGUGCGGUUAUGUCUCUUUUCCAGUGAGGUCUGAGGCCACGUUUGGAUGACACACAGCAAAUAGACACUGAGUGAAUGUUUGCAUGUGCAUGCAUGAAUAUGUCACUGUGAGGAGUGUGUGUGUGCGCGUGUGUUUAUGUGUGUUUUUGGAGAUGUUUACCAUAUGUGAGCUCUGGAACAAUUCAGCUCAGUGUGGACGAGCCACUGGACUGUGUCUGCAGACAUGAGGGAAUGAGAAACUACAGCCGCACACUCUAUCUCACCUCUCCGUCACCUUUAUUUCAAGCACACACACACACACACACACACACACACACUUAUGCAUGAACGUGUACACAAAACAUGCAGCAAUGUUAAAAUGGGGACAUUGUUUCCCUCGACUCCCACAAUAGGAAGUAUUGAUUCCCUGUACAGUAUGUUGCGUUGUAACACUCUGGCUUUUCCGACAGAACAUAAACAGCAAAGUGAAAUGUUUUUAAGCUUGAAUCAACAUGUGUAAUCAGCAGGGAUUGGACGUAUGUUGAUGUGGGACUCUGGCAGAUAAACUUGGAGGCCCGAGAAAAUAAACACGCUCGGUGUGUAUUUGUAACUGUGUUUGUGUUUCCUUACGGUCAAUACAGAUUUAAGUACUCUGUACUUUUAGGAAACCUGCGGUCUCCGUGUGUUACAAAAGCGUGUGUUCUCAUAUGUUUCAGCCAUAUCCAUCCUUGAUUCUUCCCGUUUUCGUCUGAGCUUCUGUGCCUUUUGGCCACUGGCUUUGAUUCCUCUUGUGUUUGUGGCAAUAGACAAAGGCAUUCAAGAAUUCAAGCAAUUCGUGUAGAGGAAGCAGAUGAGACAUUCUUUUUUUUCUUUUUUUUUGGACCAAAUGCUCUAGAAACACCAGAGCUAAUCCUUUUAUUAUCUUUCCAGCGGCAGAUUCCAGCAGGCACUCAUGAAACAGGGCUCUCCCCACAUCCAAACAUAACACAUCUCUCUCUCUGCGUUCUCCCUCUCCCUCCCUCUUCCUCUCUUUAUAUACAUAUAUACUGUAUCUCUUUCUCUUCGCACAGCUGCACAGCAUUUGCUCCACACUGCGUCUUGGCAGGAAAAAGUCAUUAUCACAACGCACUAGUCAUACCGCCAAACCCCUGCGUGGAUCUGUCACAGCCUGUACCUGGAUAAUAUUUUAAAAGAUCCUACAUUUAAAAAAAAAUCUGUUCACUCCAUAUGUAGAUGGCUGAGUCUGCUGCAGUUAAAAGCUUUGAUACCUUUCAAUUUGGUUCCCUCUCUUCACCAAUUAAAGGCGGCCCUGGGCUGUUGUGUAGAGCAGGCGAACACUACAGGGCAUGGGCCAAAAGGAAACAACAUAAUCCCUCUGCAAUAUCCUGUUGUGUUUCAUGCCUAAUUCACUUGUUGUUUUAGUUUAUUACAUUUUUUUCCUGUGUCUGCAUAAAUAUUAAAAAUAUAUCCAGCAGGACAAGCCCAACAUGGUCCCAGACUUUAAAAUUGUUCUGCUUCGACAGAGGCAGGCACAGUGGAUUUGAAGUGUCUGAAAGAUGGACUGUGAGCUAUAUGAAGGCCAGAAAACGUCUUUAUGAACCGUGCAGGCACUCUGUGUGGAGAGGACACAGUUACAUUUAAGAGUGCGGCCCCGCGAGCUUUAGUUGGUUUCUUUGGCAGGGCAACGGCGAGCUCUAAACGCUGUGUGGAAAAUAUGAUUUAGUCAAGAGUUGAACGUGUGAAGCAUUUUUUAGCGUCAGGUAUGCAUGAUUUGUAUAGAAUGUAGAAAAAUGUAUUUGUGUCCAUUUGUCGUAGUUCGUAUGGUCAUGGAAACAUGGAGAAGUCAUGGAAUUUGAUUACAGCAGUUGCUAUAGGCUUGGAAAAGUUUUGGAAAGAUAAGGAAGGCCAGAAAGUUUUGGAAAGAUCACUUUGCACUUAACUUCUUGGUCUGAUACCUACUCCUAUCCAGUGAUUUUAGACAGUACAAAAUAACUCAACUUAAAUAGUCACUCCUCUCGUUGAUUGCCUUCUUUACUUUUUGGGUCAUAGAGUGACAUUAUUACAAAAUUUAGGCCAUUUCACAACCAGCUUAAAAUUCCUCACAGGAGCUUUAACAACAAAAAUGAAUAUGUCUUUAUUACGUAGCUUUUCCUUGGAAAUGUAUUUUUUUGGUAUUAACUUUGCACUCUGGUCUCAUACCAUCAAGGUGAUGAAAUUGACAAAUAAUUCAAAACUCAAGAAGAUUCUUCCAUGUAUGGUAGAUUCCUGUACUUAACUCAAAUGUUAGAGCCAAAACAGGACACAGCCAGUAUUAGCUGCUUUAUGGGACCCCUUCCAAUUCACAUGUGUACGCACACACACAGUCGAAUUUUAAAACGCGCACACCUCGCUGACUCACGCAGUCAAACCACCCGUUGAAAGAAAGUUGGAUGUUACACCUGCCAGAAAAAAUCCGUGGAUCGUGGAAAUUCCUCGUUUUACUUGUAUGAAUCAAACAAACACUCUGUAUAUAUGUACCAGACUAAUCUUUGGAGAAGAAUGGUGAAACAAAGUGCAUGAGCCAAUGCCAAGAUGGUGUCUGUGUUUUUCAGGAGUAAAUGGAGUCUUUUUGUGAGCAAUCAGCUCGGACACAGGAGAUGAAACAGGUAGCGCCAUUAGCUAAUUAAAACUGAGGUUCAAGCACAUGACCGGACUUUUCCUCUGAAUGCCGCCUGAAACUGGAGCUGUCUGGGCACUGGGUGCGGGCGGCGACUGACGUUGAUAUUAAUGUGUUUGUACCCGUAUGAGACUCUGACACUCUGGCCUGUCUGGACGAUUUAGAGACUGGAAUCUCAGGGUCCUGGACCCAAAAUUAACGUUACAAGGUGUGUGCUUUGUUUUAUUUCGAAGAUCCUUCAGAGUAGUGGGAGAACUUGGAGGAGUUUACUUUUCUUCAAUUCAAUCCAUUGCUCAGUUAUAAAAAAAAUCACAUUAAAAACUCACCCAAAUAACUCAGAUCAGAUCAAGAUACUGCAGUUCAGCAAAGCCGACCGGUUCAUCAGGCUGUACAAACUCACAUUCACAUUGCUUCACUGGAAGAGAAGAGGUUUGUCCAUGGCUCAUUUAGAGUAAUCAGGGUCAAUAGGCGAGAAAGGGCAUUGAUUUAGCAUGUCAGGAGUGACCGCAUGCUGCAGAAACUGAGCUGCUACAGUCUGCUGGGUUGGCACAAAUGCACUAACCUAAUCAGGCCCAAAUAAGCACCUGGUGAAGAUCAAUUUAUAGCAACUUUGUCUAAUCUAGUGCCUUUGUUUUCCAUCAAAUCAUUCUCAGAGUUUAUUCUGUCAGUCAUUAUGUGGCCAAAUGAGUUCAUCAUGUAGUUAGGUAUUCUAAUAUCUUUCUACAAACUCAUAAUCCCAUCCUUUGUCUCCCCGUAAUGUCUGCCGUGCUGUUUGGCAGUCUGUCCCCCAUGCUAAUAGUAACACAGCACUGUCCACAUCUGAUGUUGGGAUGAUGAAACUGCUGGCUGUGGGCUCUGGGACUGAUCUUGAUGUUUUGGCAUGCCAGCGAAGGCUUUGAAUUGAUGGACCUCGCUUGUUUGAGUGAGCCAGGCCAACUUCUUGUCAGACCCAAAAAAAAGUUAUUCAGUUACUCUUUUUAUGAAAUAAUGUUUUCCAACGCAGCCUGACCCCUGCCAGUAACAUCCCAUACACCCUCUAUCUGCCACUAUCGAUCAUCCAGAUCUGAAUUUAGGACUGCUUUGAUACACUCAACACUUGCUGGGGGAACACGGCCACAACAGAGGCUCAAAGGUCUCCUCUUUGAGAUGUGUUUGUUUAGUGAGAUACUUAAAGAUGUUGUUUCAAGUUACAGCUAAUGUGACAGUCAGCUUGUUUGUCAUACUGGUUUCUGACAGAAGUAUCUGAAGACACUGACUGAGUUUAAAUUAAAUAUUUCAGCUGUUUAUCAUUAAACAUACUAUUGAUAUGAAUUUAGUAUUACGCACUGAAGGGGCAUUCAGUGUUUUAUAUAUGAAAAAUGGAGUAAACGUACAUUCCUUGUCUCUCUUCAGCUGUCCUUUCCAAUAGGGAUGUGCGUGUUUCAUGGACCAAACAUAGAAUCAGUAAUCAGUGAAACCAAUUAUUUAUACUUUUAUUAUUACAGGCCCAAAUUACAGUCAUAUGUUGCGUCUAAACUGUAGAUUCUUCAAUGAUGCUAUAAUGCUCUACACACCAUAUGUAAAUAAGCAUAGAUGACAGAUGGUAUUUCAUAGAGAAGUGCAGUUUGGAAGGAGAUAAAAGUAGCCGUGUUUGUUAAACUAGCAUACAGCCGCACUGAAGCAAUGCACAGCCAGUACAGGUAGGUAAAUGCUUACUUGUAGGGAGGACUGAAGGCUUGUGGUGCUAGCUCUGCUAAGAUAAACCAAACGAAGCAAACCAAUAAGACAUUGUCCACCCACAGGCUGGUAAUCCCAUGUUUGGACAUGUUAAGUUCCUGCUGAAUCUGACUGUUUUCAUACUUUUUAACCUUUAGAGUAGUAUCUCAGUAGGAAUCCAAAUUCCUGUUUAAACAGGGAUGAAAUUAGUCACUUCAGAGCUUCUCUAACUACAUUUGUUGUGGGCCUUGUUGUCAUCAUAAUCAAGUAUUAUUAACUUUAUCUUGGCUUUAUAUGAUCUUAAAUCUCAUACACAGUUAUUUGAUAUACUUCUAAUUAUUGCCUUUAUUGGCACUUUUAAUUAUUUAAUUUGUUAUUUUUUUCUUCAUUAAUUAGCUUAAAAAGAUUCAAAACUUCUUCAACAUAAUUUUUUUUAAAAUAUUACGCAUUUUAUAUAUUUGAUGUACUUCCAAUUUGUGCCUUUAUUGGCAAACUUAAUGAUUUAAUUAGCUUUUUUUCUUGAUUAAUUGACUUAAAAAGAUUCAAAACUUCUUCAACAUAUAUUUUUUUAAUUUUACUCAUUUUAAGGCAUGAUGUAAAUCAACAGAUCAACAGCUGUGUCUGAGUUUCAAUCUAGUUUAAAAUGGCUUUUAGUUCAUUUCCUCAAACAACUGAAAAAAAAAACAAAUUCUAUCACUGAAAAUAGUAGAAUACUUUCAUUUCAGUGAUUGAAACCUUGCUUUAAACAUUUGUACUAGUGGCAGAGCGUGUUGCUGUGAGAACAAAGACCAGACCUGCUACUUGAGGGUUAUGCUACUUUAUUUGUUACAAUAACAAGAGGGAAUGCUCGUAUUUCAUCACAUUGACUUUUAGUCUGUUGAACUUGUGUCUCAUUUCCACAAAUGCAUGUGACUAGUGUCUAUCACAUGCAUUUGUAGAAGUGAGACUCAAAUUUAGCUCCUGAUCUAAAUGGAUGGUUCUUCUAGUGUCCUACUCAGGAAAGUGCAUUUCAUUAUGAAUGGAUAGACAUCUGACAGAAACUACCAGAAGUAACAGGUGAGAGGCUGUUUUUGUCUGAUAAUUGAUAGAUCUAAUGUAAGGUACAUCAAACUGUUAGCCAAGUUAGCACACUGUCUUACAGACCCUAAACGUCACCUCAAAAGGAAAAUAUCAAGGCAGACUCUGUACCAAAAUAUUACAGAGGGGAGGGGUUUAGCAAGCACAACUGUGAUCCCAAUUCCUGUAGGAAUAAAAUAACCUCUGGUUGUUUUACCUCUGUACACAUAUGUAAGUGGAAAUGUGUUGUAAGCUGGAAUAAAUGAUCAAAUAUCAAAAUAUAUUCACUUAUGGAGAAUCAAAAAGGUAAUAUCUGCAUCUUUGCUCCUUUUCUUUUGCUUCUGGAAAUAGACCCAACAAUAAAUAUUGGUUGAAUGUAACUGACAUGAGAGGAGGAAUAUUGAACUCAGGCUCCAAAAGGUCAAACCUCUGCAGCUACCUUCCUUUCAACCUCACCAGCAGGUAUCAAAGCAUUCAGGAUUUACUACAUGUGAUACACUCUAAUUACAUUUGUCUGGAAUGCAAUAUUUUGAGUUUCCCAAUUUCCUCGACAUUUUAUCACGCUCCAAUAUCAGAAACCUGAAGACCCAGGGCUGCGGCUGGUUAUACAUUGCAGAGAGAUUGUGUCAUAAUUGUGUCCCAUCCAAAAGCUUAAUCAGUUUAACCUCUUUACUGAGCCAGAUCAGUUUACUAAUACAUCAGAUGGAUGAAGCGUGGAUGUGUUUCGGGGUCUCCGUCUUCAUCAGGGGGCUGUUGCGGGAUGUGAACCCGGCUUAUACACCUCAGGGAGGGAGGAUGGAUGGAUGGAUGGAGGGUUUGCAGGAUCUGUGUCUGAGUUCAUGAGCUUUUUUAGACUCUUCUUUCAACUUGUAAAAAUUUCCCCUGGUAGUUGGAGCGGAAGAGUUGUACUUUUCGCUGUACCCUGUCAGUCAUGGAUCAUGUGCAUUGUGGAGGCGUACUGGGCUGUUUGUUUGUGGCGUUUUGCGGGGCAGACAUAACUGCUCCUUUCUCGUCUGAGACUACAUCCUCUCACACUCGUCACGUACACCCACACUGGCCUCGUUUUGUGCCCGAGCACAACAUGUACCACGGCAGCAGCUCUGCAAACAUACAAGCCAAACUGUUUGGUUUGUUGUAUGUGUGGAACAAAGGUAAAUCUCUAUGAGAUUUUCUGUUUUUCGCUGACUCGUCAGUGUGGCAGAGGGCACUGCAUAGAUCUGAGUCCAGAGCAACAUUUACCCCCAACCUCUUUCACAGCACCCACCAAAUAAGCAAACAAGAAGGACAUUUAUACACACUGAGACCACUUCUGCCUCAGGACCGCGUCACAGCCUCUCAGGAUGACAGUAUCCCUCCACCCAACCAGACCCACGCAGCAGACAGAGCUAGACCUGGAGCUUAUAUACAUGAGAAACUGAGUUGCUACCGUGCAAAACAAACAUUAAGAGAAGUAUGGAUAAAUUAUGUAGCGAAAGACGUGUUUACAUUUAGGGUGUCAAGUUUAAAUUAUGCACUGCCGUGUUCUGUGGUGGGAGUGCCGGCUUUAAUUUGAAUGUUUGAGAAACGAAGUGAAGGUUAGGAGAAACCAAGCCAGACAGGCAAUUCAGCUCCACUGAUGUCAUCCCAAAGAAACAGCUUUUUUUCCCCCAGAAUUCAUCACAAGGCAUUAUGCAUGACAAGUGAAUCGGUAUGCGCUGAAUGCAGACUUAAGAGCAUUUUUGAAGCGUGAGCGAAGCUGUUGUGCGCACAUCUGAAGUGUUGGCUACAAUCGGUCGAGCUUUCCAAGUCGAGACGUGUGUGUGUUUAUACUGUCAGGACGCUCAGUGUGUGUUUGCAAAUGCCCACCGGAGAGUUGGAGACAUCCAAAUGGAAAGAUCCGAGUCAGAUAUGGAGGCGUGGAUUGUGGCGUUAAAUUGUGUAUUUAUCAAACACUGACCACAUCUAAUUUAAUGAUUGAUACUAAGAGAGAGAGGACCAAAAGUUGUCAGCAGAGGGACAAAUGAGGACACAGAAUGAUUCAAUUUGUUUGUACACUAUUUUAUGAUUGUGUGACUGUGAUAUCCAAACACAGAUUUACCUCUCCCCUGAAGAGUUUUACACCCCAGUGAUCUUUAACUGUCUCCAGAAAGAAGCCCUAUCGCUUUUUGUUUUCUUUUACAAACAUCUGUUUCACAUUACGUCCGUUCAGCUUUAGAUUAGUUCAACAUCGAUGUAAAAAGAUUUAUGCGGGAUUUAGGACCAGAUUGGUUCAGUUAUUUGGGCAGAAUCACAGUAGACACAAGAAGCCUUUAAGUCAGAGCAUAUCCCUUUGUUUUUCCUCUGUUCUUCCAGCUUCUCAUAACUCCGAUCUUUCAUACUGUUUCAUGUAGCAGCUGUCAUUUAGGCUGCAUCGAGUCCUUAUUAGAGGUAAACCAAAUAAAACAUCAGUACCACUUGUUUGCCAAUUUAAUUUUGAAGGGCAUUAAGCUUAGAAAUUAAGAUAAGGUCAUGCAUGAUUUCAAGUACAGCUGGGUCCUACAUAUCGUAUCCAGGGUGAGGGGUGUAUUGUAUGUUACCAUGAUCCAGCAGGCAAAUUGUUUGAGGCCAGCCUGUAGCAGGAGUGGACUCAAAUUACAGCUAACAUAAACAUAUGUGUGACGGAGUAUUAGGGCCACAAUAAGAGAAAAAAAAUGUGAGACUUCGUAAUUACUUACAAGAAUAAAGUCGUGAUAAAAUCAUUACGUACGAGAAUAAAGUCGUAGCUAAUUGCUCUUCUAACCUGUUGUUAGUUGUUGAAAUGAGUGCUGUGGAGAAUUCAGAUGAAUUAAACUUCAGUAGCUAGGUUUCACAUACAAGGAGAUACUAAAUCCUGUGGCGUUUCAGCAUCACAUUGUCAUAAGUAUCAGGACAUAUGCAAGAAAUGCAUCUUUUCCCCAAAGAGAACCAGGCAGACUUGUAGGGAAUCGCUGUUUUUGAGGAGGGGGAAAUGGCUGAAAUCCCCCAAUGCAGCUGUUUAUAGCAAUAGCGUAAGUCUUUAGUUUAUCAUAUGAAUCUAUAUGCCAUAAGGUGUUGGUGCCUCUGCAGGUGUAGGUUGCUGCCGGCAUCAGAGACAGGCGCGGUGUUCGUCAGAGCUCAGCUCCCUCUGGAUAGCAAAAGUUGAUCAUCAGUUCAAUUGUUUCUUGAGAAACUACAAAAGCCCUCUGAAUGGCUCACUGAUGUACCCACUGAUAACUCUGCAGUUGACCAGUUCCUGCCAUUUCCUCCUCCACAAAAGCAGCUUUAAGACUUCAUUUACAUUACGACUUACAGUAAUUCUCAUCAGUAAUGAUUUAAUUACAACUUUAUUCUUGUAAGAAAUGAUUUUACUAUGACUUUAUUCUUGUUAGUAAUGACUUUAAUCUCGAAGUUGUACUUUAUUCUUGUAAGAAAUUAUUUUACUAUGACAUUAUUCUUGUUAGUAAUGACUUUAAUCUCGAAGUCUUAAUUUUUUUUUUUCUUAAUGGGGCCCUAAUACUCCAUCGUACAUAUGUUCGGUUGGACAUAGAAGGAAAGAUUGCAUUAAUUAAAGAACUUUUAAUGAAGGGUAUCAGUGAAUUGUUGGCAAGUCACUCAAAACUGCCCAAGAAUAAGGAGUGGAUCUGUGCUUUGAGUAUAUUUUUCCUACAGAUCAGCGGGCGCAGACAUGCUGAUGUGGACUGGAUUAUUGAAUAUGAAUGCAGAAGUAUACACUGAAAUGUGGUGAAUUGAUUUAUUGAAACGCGAAUGAGCGGUGAUGUGCUGGCUGAGAACGCCUAAGCCGUUAUUGGACCUGACACUCUGGAUGUCUCGCACGGUCUGAUAUAUUGCAACCAGCCGUAUCCACAGGACUGGAAAGUGGACCCUGAAACCCACAGAGAGCAGAAAAGAACACAACCUUGGCUUGUCGACGAGCAAACAAAUCUAUGGGCGCUGCGGCAUUUGGUUGCACCACAUUUAUUGGGCAGCUGCUUUUUUUUUUUUUUUACCCAGAAGACUUUGUGGUCUGGUUCCCCGUCAAGAGGGUUGCAUAAAUGUGCUUUUUUCCUUCUGUGCCCCGCUUGAGUCCUCAGGCUGGUGCUGAUCAUAGCGCCAUGUUGACCCAUUGUUUAAUUUUGCUGGCAUGUUUUCUGUCUGGAAACUACAUUGCUUCUGGCAUCAAGGUAUUUGGCUUGGCAGUGCGGCGCUUCUGCUGUGUUUAUUUGUUGUCAUGUCAGAGUUAUAGAGUCACACAGUGUACUCUAUAGUAUGUGUAAGCCUUUAGACAGCUGUGUCAACUCCUGCCUAAUGUGGACAUUGAACAGUUUGGUAAAAUAUGGCUUUAAUUCUUUACCUGACAUGUCUUAAUGGUACAGGGGAACUAACUGCAAUUACGGUGUUCACGAUGAAGGUGUCACACAGAAAUUAAAGGCAAGAGAUUAAGAUUAAAAAUUACACACACCCUGCGACAUGAAUACACACUGCAUUUACGUUCAUAUAAAUGUUGUAGUGUAAAAACAUAUGCAUGAAAUAUUGUGUGACCACAGCAAAAAGCCUCAUAGGAAGUAAUUAAACACCUUCAGAGUGUUAAAAAUCAGCCUUUGAUUCGUUGCAGUGGCUGGCAGUGGAUAAUUUUUCUUUCCAGAACGUAAAUGCAAAAUGUCAGGACUCUUUGUCAGAGUUAAGGGCAUCACUCCAGACCUGUCGCAACAUCCAAAAAAGCAAAUUUCUCAAUUACCACUGGCAACAAUAGGCCAAAGCUGAAAUGUACUCACAAGCCCUGUUGAAUUUUGAGCAAGUGAAAUUUUUCCUUUUGGUUUGGAAAUAAAAAGAAUGAGGUUAAAAAAAAAAGGAGGAAUGAUUUCUUUUGGAGUUAUCCUGAUGAAAAGCAUAAGACGUGUUUGUUAGUGAAGUUAAGAGAAAGAGAGAAACUGAUGGGUGAUGAUUGUGAUGAUGAUCCUAAAGCACAGGCCAAUCAUCAUGCUGGAUUCUGCCGUAUUUAUCCAGUAGUCAAACAAAAGACAGGGAUCCACUUAACUUCACUGUCAUUUCUGUCUGAGCUGAAUUGCUGUCUAUCACCCCCCAUUAGCACUGAUAUGAAAUGCAGUCCCAGAGCACAUUGAGGUCUCAGACACCCUUUUGUAGCGCUGGAAUGAGAGGAGCUUAUUGGCAGAGGGGGUAAAAGAGAGACUGAGAGAGUGAGAGUAGAGGCAGGUGUGAGUGAAAGGUGCAGGACAGAUUGAAGCCGGGGUGUCAGAGGACGCUGUAGCUCAUGGGCCCGUCAAACUGGAUCCUACAUUGACUGCCAGUAACAUCAGUCCCGGCGCCGGCUCAGAACACAGAUCAUGUUUAGGAUUUUCAUUGCGUAACCCUCCGUCUGUCUUUUUCAUGGUGGGUUCGGAUUUCUUGAAUGAGUGUAUAAUUGAUGGCUUAAUGGUUACUAAUGGCUGUGGCACUGGAGGCUUUGUGUUGCAGUCAAAUUAGCCAUUAUAAAUGGUUGGGAUUGGUUGUGAGGAUCAACCAUCUGUCAUGCCGUCACCGCUCUCUUUAAAAGCCUUUCGCUCAUGUGUCUCCUCACUGGACUGAAGUCUCCAAAUCUCUCUCAUAUCCGACAAUUACAAAGUCAACACUCAUCUACUGUAAAACAUCAGUGAUGAUUUUUUGGUUUAUAAUUUUUUAACCAUCAUUGUAAAAUCUGUGAGUUUAUGUAGUUGCUCUUUUUUUUCUGAAAAUUGUGACAGACUUGGUAACCUUUAUAUUACAUCACUGAUUAGUUUGAUUUAUUAAGAGGCUGAAACGGCACAAGGGUGAAUCAAGAGAAAGGAAAUGAGUGUGUUGUUAGCAGCCUCAGAGUCUGGCGUGGUCACCUUGUUAAUUUUGCUCCUGGUGCUCCUGGAGAUUUAAUGGAAAUACUACCUGGAAACCUUACUCAUCAACCAGCUGUGGUAAAUACUUGGCUGUGGUUGGUCAUAACUCCAUAACAAAGGUAGUUAAGUCUAUAAUAAAGGCUACGGCAGGUUUAAUGGGAUCAUCCACCUCAUCUCAAAUCAAUCUGCACAGAAGAGUCCAGGACACUUCACCUCUGCCUGUUGAUUUUGUGGCAUGACCCAUUAGUUUCCAUCAGACCGCUAAACAAUAUGGAGAAUAUUGUCGAUUGCAAUCCAGGCAUAGCUGCAGUGAUAACAGCUGUAGAAAAGUGAAGCACAAGAAUAUACAUGUAUGUUUUUUUUUUCAUUUCAUUACUUAAAGCUGCUGUGAGGAACUUUCAGUUUGUGUCAACUCAGACACCCCCGUGGACAAAACAGUCUUUGCUUAUUUUGUCCUUACAUGCCGAAAUAGUAUCUCCUGACAAAAUAUGUCAUCAUGCUACUUUUGGCAGUAAAAUUGAUCAUUUAUUGUAAAUGUUCUAUGAGGAAAAUAUAAAAAGGGGCUGUUUUUUCAGUGCUUAACUGACACCUACCCCCUCGCACAGGUUUUAGGCAUUAAAACUUAUAAUAAAAGAUGUGCAGUCCUGUCACUGAUGUUCAGGCAUUAAUAUGAAUUUCAGUCCAUUUUAUUAAUGCAAAAAGAAUCCUCAAAGGCAUUUUAAAGGGGGGGAGUUACUUUCAAAAUAAUAUAAUAUUUCAGUUUUAAAAUUUGAUCUCCUGCUGAUGACAACUCUUCAUAAUGUUGAUGAUUACAUCCCAGAUUAGUUCAAUUUUCCAUGUUUUCCAAAAAUGUGUUACUUAGCCAUGAAUGAGAAUGAGUACAAAAAAUUGAGAGAGGAGACGGCGAUGGUUUACUCUUUGGCGCUGUUGGACAGUAUACAGUUAAACUCUUUAUUUCAAACCUAAUUGUUAAAGAAAUGUUUGCGUACAUUUAUCAGAAGGAUUUCUCAGCUGCUGACAAAAGGCAAAAAAGGUUUCAUAUUCCUGUUAUAUAGAACAGGCCAAAAACUCAGGAAACACUUCAGUCUUGUCAGGUUUGAGUUCAGCCGUGAUGGAAAAUAUGAGACCUAGAAUGAUUUCCAACAAAGAGAUGAAGCUGCUGAUAUGAUCACAGUAUGAGUCUGCUUGAAAGGAGUCAUGCAGCUGACCCAUGUUCUUACAUGUAUAGUAUGUCUGUGUGAAAAUGAUUUCUUGACACCCGUGCCUCUCUCCAGAAGGAAAAAUUAAUAUACCUGAGCAACAGAGGAAUAAAGCUGCAUGAUAAAACACAAAACAAAUCCUAUUCCCUGUCAGUCCACUUCAUCUCUUUGAGAACGUGACCCUGUUUUCCUUUUUCCCUCAACCUGGUGAACCGGUAAACCCCAGGCUGCCUGGUUGAAGAGGAAAUCACAUUUUAGCUCUCUAAUCUGAUGCAGGGCUGCAGAGCUGGUGGAUGUCUGAACGAAGGCCUCUGAAUCACAGCAGGUUAAGUGCUUCCAUGAAGCCUCAAUAUGUUGUUGUGCAGCCUGGCUCACCCUGUGCCAGGCCUCCACCACAGGAGCAGGGGUUCAGAUCCAUCACUGCACUUCCUCUUCAAUCUCCAGCAAACGCUCCGCGAGAGGAACCCAACAGCUGGGCGGGCUCAUUAUGUGAGCACCCUCAUUUAGUCAUCAUAGGAAUGCUUCCUGUUGUGCCAUCCACAUAGUUUUUAAUCUGGCCCCCAAACUAGUUAGGCAUGAGUGCAAAAUGGCUGUUAAGAACAAUUUCUUUAGUCAUUUACAUGACUACUUCCUCCCACCAAUUUAUCGGCUGAGCUAUUGCGCAGCUCGUUUGUGAGUUCGCAUCUGGACAACACUCCCUUGCUUUUGUGUUUCUACUUAUAUUACCAAAAACUUCCCAAAAAAGUCAGCAAAAUAGUGAAGAUGCUGAAAAAAGAUUUUAUAAAGAAGCUAAAUGGAUACUGUGCCAAUCAUUUGCUCUGCACUUCUCAGAAAAAAAAAAGUAUAUAUAGAAAAAAGGAUCUGUCACUAUCUUGAACUCUAAUUAAAACCCAAUCUGUUUGAGCCGAGGCUGGCUGCUAAAAGGGUUCCGCUCAGCAGUGGAAAUGAUAUAUGUAAACUAUGUAAUGUGAAUGUUUCAGGCAACCUGUGUUUAAUUUUCUAUCCUGACGAAGUGCAUGAGAAACCUGCCUCUCCUUAGCUGUCUCGUUGAAUCAUAUGGAUAUAAUUUCAUCCAUUUACGUUUUUCUGCUCUUUGCUGUGGUUGCCACAGGGCAUUUGGAAGCAAGCAGAUUAAACGCACAUGUUCCUCCCAUCCGCAGCCGGGCCACUCUGCUCCGCAGCCUCCCCUCCGAACAGAUCCUGAAGUGUUGGUGGUUUUCCUCGUUGGUCAGGGCAGAGAAAGACACCUUGUGAUAAACCAACUCGUUCCCCUCAAACCAUUUUUUUCAUUCUCAUAAAGUUAUACAGGCUGCUUGUGAGCGUUGGCACUUUGUAACAUGUUUUAUUUGGCAGGGCUUUCUUUUGCCACCAAACCUCUUUGCCUUUCAUCGUGUUUUUAAGGCUUGGCUGUAAAGGAGCCUGGACGUAUUUGUUCAAAGUAUUUACAGUGGAGAACCUAUGAACCUACGGAGGAUGCUUGUCUCCAAGAAGCAUAUCCUUUUAUGGGGGGCCCUGUCUGAACAUGAGUAAUAGUGAAUUUCAUGCUAAUAAGCAACUGAAUGACUGACUCCUAUAUCCUCAUCAUUAGUCAGAGGCCUGAUCCACAUUUACUGCCCACGGCCAGAGAGUGAGCGCUCUGAGGGAGAUUCCUGCUUGUGUGGCAGCCCUAGAAAGGCUUGACCAUCAGGAGCAUAAGGACCAUCUGAGGUCCAAUUAUUCCAGAGGUUGAACUUUGACAGGAAUGAUCUGGAUUCACAAUCCCAAUCUCAGAAAAAGUUGAGAUGCAGUGUAAAGUGUUGGUAAAACAUAACUUGAUGGUUUGUAGAUAAUUCAGACCCUAUAUUUAAUUGAAAACAGUUGGGACACAAUGCACCAAAGGUUAAAAUGAACAUAAUUUACUGUUUUAUGAAAAAUAUUUCCUCAUUUGAAGUUGAUUCACUUUUUAAAAGGGUUAGGACAGGAGCUUGUUUACAUCAUCUCUGAGACCAGUUUUUAGAGCUUUAAGAAUAAGAUAUUGUCCUGUUCUUUGCUGCUACAAGACUCAAGAUACUCAAUGGUUUGAAGUCUCCUUUGUUUUUGUUUUUGUUUAUUACUUUUUUUUGUUUCCCUUAUUUAUCAUAAAUCCAGAUGCAAAGUGUGCCUCUUGAGUUAACUAAUGUACAGAAUAUAUUCUGCAACACUUCUUUUAACUGUUUUCUUUUAUCAUUUCUGUAACUUAAAAUCAACUGGAAGAAUAUUUCUCUUCAAAAUAAAAGCAUAGUUUUAUCAGAUGGCAAAUAAAGAAAGCUAAAGCCAGGCAGAAAAAUAUUUUUUUGUGACUAAAUCUUCUCUGGAAAAAUUUUAGUUACAUGGCAAGUAAUGUGAAAUUAUUGAUCAUAAAAUUUAAUAUAAUUAGAAAGGGAUGACAUGUUAAUAACCCGCAUUUAUAAAUAAAAAUGUUUUGUUUCUCCACACUUACCUCGCCAUUUCUCAGUUUUACCAACAUGUCGUUUGAUAUUGUUAUUGUAAUAUUUUAUAGCCAAUAUAAUUGAGAGGUUUAUUUAUGUAUUUAUUCAGUUUAAUUUCUUUAUUGUGUUUUAAUCUGCAUGCUAACAUUUUGAAUCAGGAUGGUAGAAAUCAUGUUUAAUGUUAUCUAUAUUCUUUUGUGGCAUCAAGAAUAUCAUUUUUUUGUGUGUUUUUUUUGCUCAAAGCUAUCCCAAUCCUUCUUAAAGUUUUUGAAGUUUUAUUCAUGUUAACACUAAGAAAAGAAUGACAAGAUUCACAAUCCUUUUUUCUUCUUUCAAACACUGUUAAUUUGUUGUUUUAAUCAGAUUUGAAUUAACAGCUUGACCCCAUCAGAUUACUUGUACUGGAUGCUGGUUGCUGAUUCUUCAGACUCUUGUUGAUGAUCACUAAGGCUGCAUGGACCACACUGUAGGAUUCUCUCUUGUCUCUGUGUUUCUAUUUUCAUGCAUUUAUUCAAGCUUCUAAUCCAGUGUCUGUGCUGUACGUCAGCAGCCAUAUUUUGUCCUGACACCGCUCUAUAACGGCCGGUUUGUUUCCAUCCUCCUCUACUCGAGCAUGUUGCUAAUGAGUCGGUGAAUGUGAGGAGGGCUGCACACUGCUGCCUUUUAGCCCCGACACUGUUUGGCCUUUUCCCUGCCAGUCAGGAGUCAUUUCCCAUGAAGGCCUCAGGCUGGCCGCUCCUCCACUCUGCCUGCACGCUGGGCCCAUAAUCUGUCUGUUGUGAUCAGUUGCCCGUCCAACCUUUUCAUGCCGCUCUCGCCUCCUUCAGCCGUGUCAAGACCCUGCUGUCAUCCUGAAUGUUUACCGAGCUACUGAAGCCCCACCACUCAAGAGCGGGACGGUGUAAAAAAGGGGGCUCAAAUCUCCCCUCCAGGCUGCCAGUGUCACUCCCCCUCCGGUGGUGAUCUGCUGGUUUACCUUAGAUGGAGGUUUCAGAGAGGAAAACUAAACAUGUUUAAAGCAAUUAAUGUGAUUAGCACUGCCUAAACUGUUUUCAUGUACAACAUUAAAGAUCAAAUCAAUGCUGUGUCACCAGCUCCGGCCACCAAAACUCUCCGUUUACACCACUUUCAUGUACAUAAGCUCAUUACCUUUUAAACUGUUUGUACUUUGGGGAACUUCUCAUGGAAGCACAGGGGAUCUACUCAUACGUACACUUUUUAAAGUUAUUUUUAAGGCUUUUUCUAUUUUUAACUUCUAAAGGUUUUGAAAAAAGAAGCCCAAAAAUCUUGACGUGUGAUGGGUCGUCUUUUUUACACCAUAAUUAGACCCGAUUGUUUAAUUCAACAGCACGGCACUGCAUCUCCCAAACUUACAAUCAUAAGGAGGUUUUUGACAACCCAUGAAAUCACUUAAAGAUGUAACUUUAACCAACAUAUUGGCGAGGGUUAUAUAUCUUACAGGAGCAUAAAAUUUUUCAUACAGGACUCUGGGUAAUAUCCAUGCCUCGAGGUGGCGGUGCCUAUUGGUUUUCCAGCAGGCAGGAAAGUCUCAUUCUCAGCCGUCAGAGUAAUAAUACGCUCUACACGAUUAACACGCUUUCCUCCAUGGGCCCGUAACUAUAAUUUAGACUCAAAUUUGUAUUGCGGAAAAGAAAGCAAUGAAAGAGUGAUUAUUCCCCUAUACAUAAAUACACACAUUUGGCACGUCAAUAAUAGCUGUGUUUGUUUUCCAAACUCAAAUGCCCGGCGCCGUAUUUCAACAGCCAGCAUGGGCCGUGUCUGUCAUGACUGGUACGGCAGUGUGGAUGUUCCCUCUGCUCUGAGAUUUUUAUUAAACUUUCCCACCCUCACUGCGGCUCUCGUUUCCACCAGAAACAUUUGAUUGGCAUGACUUUAGAAUAAUAUGUUUCCGCUGUACAACACUGUAAAAUGUGAACUCUCUGAGACAUUUUUCCACGGUUGAAUGCUAAAGUCUAGACAGAAUAUUUGUGUGUUGAUGAAUCAAAGUUUUUUUUGUUUUUUUUUUUCACUUUUUUAUUUCUUUUCAUGUCUGGUGAAGGAAUCAGUCUCAGUAUCACUCACUGCUCCUGAUUGUGUCUCAGCUUUGUACAAAAUACAGGUUAAUGUAUCAACUCUUCGAAAUGUACAGACUGAAGGUUUUGAUAAACUCUAAAAAUGUAAGUUGUAAUUGAAACGCUGAGAUUUAUAGUCUUGUUAUGUUUAGCUUCUUUUACACAUUUUCCCUUAAUAUUCUUGGAUUUUAACUUUAUUUGAAUUAGAUUAAGUUUCAUAUUUACUGAAAAUGUACCAAAACCCAUAUCUACUUUGAUGACUCAAACUUUGAGCGUUUUUUCCUCUUUGAUAACAGGACCCCAGUGAUAACAUCCACAGUUAUGUUUUCUGUAAAAUCCACUGCCCACUCUUAGUUAAACUGUCACUUUUCAUCUUAUUUCAUCAUGUCCAAAUAGUGUUUUUGUUUCUUUACAGUUCUUAAAAACUGCAUGAGGAUCUGUGUGUUUUAUAUCUAUAUUAAGACUCUCACUGAGCUACACAAUUGCACAGACCCACAGGUCAUCCUAGUCACCCAACAUGGCUCUACCAUGACUGGCUUAGGUUUCGUCUGUAUUAAAUGGAGCCUCAGUGAAUAGAGGGCCCUGCCUGUGCUGUGUGAGUGAAUGAAGGAGAGGAGGAGGAGGGUGAGAGUAGUGCGCCCAGAUGAAGCUGAAGGCCCAUUAGAAGAAUGGAGUCACUAUCUUCUUAACCGUAACCUGACCUGUUGUCAGCAGGCUUCACUAAAGGUCAGCCCACAAUGGACGGUAGAGACCGGGGCAACUUUACAGCAGCGUGUUCAUGAGGUCAGCAUGAGCCUUUACUAGAAAUCUGUUAGAAGUAAGAUCAAAGUCUGGAUAAGCCAGUGUUUUAGUGGACAUUUACUGACAUUUAAGAGGAAACUUCAGAGACUACACUCAGAUCAGUUACACUGUGGUUGACUCAGUACAGGUGCAGCCUUUGCUCUGCACUCCUCAGUGUCCUCUACUGCAGCUUCACAGGUUUAUGGCACUGACUAAAUAUGAUAUCAUAAAUUCUGUGAACUUUCUUUUAUUGUGCUUAUAUUAUCUAAAGUUACUAACUUUCAAAUUACUUUUAAUAUGGAGGGCUUUUAAUAGUUGUUUAAAAAUCAAGUGUCUGAAUGAGAUCACAAUGGCCUUCAUAUCAAAACAAGGGCACCAUCCUAAUGUGAUUGUAAAAAUCUACAAACUCAUCAUAAUAAAAUCUACUUACUUAAAGACCCAGGCAAUACUUGAUAUCUCAAACACAAACAAGAUAGAAACGGAUUAAAGAGAUAUCUGGUUUGAGACUUGGCCCCUUACGAUUGUUCAGGUAAUCUAAGAAGUGUAGAGAUCAAAUCUUCAUCCACAGGAAUGUCUUACAAGCUGUUUCAAGCAACCUUGAUAAAACAAAAUAUAUGUAAAAAAAAAAUGGUUGUUUGAGAUUAGAGGAGUUCACUUAAGGUGGUGAAUGCUAGUUUUGGCAAAAACAGCAAUCUAAACCAUUCUUUUCAUUUUACAAGAAAUAGUUUGCAUAUUUGGGAUGAAAGGAAAGAAAAUAGUUGAGUUUCUACUGACAUGUACUAUCAAACUCAAUUCUAGAUCCACUGGUCAAUCAUACAGUGUUGUCCCAGUAAAGGUUCUUCAAGAGGGUCGAGCAUCUUUUAAACCUCACUUUGACCUGAGAAGGGUAACAUAGGAGUUGUUCAGGUUUUGGACACGUGUGUCUUUGGGGACAUAAUGAAAGCUAAUAUAAUUAUCAGCUUUCUUAUGAGCAUUGCAAUCUACUACCGCACAUGCUAUCAUCCUCUGUUUCUCAGAGUGUGGCUUGCAUAAUGGGGCUCUGGGGGCGGAGCUUGGAUUUGUGACAUAGGAAAUCUCACUGUAUCUGAACCUGCCAUUUGAGGUCAGCCAGAGAUUCACAGCGAUUUGGAUGCAUAAAUACACAGAAAUGUAAUUUCGUACUUAUUUUUCUCCUGAUAUGUCCUGUAGCAUCAGAAAAAUGCCAUAUGAACAUGUAGACAACAACAAAAACAUGAUUUUCAUCGGACUGGUUCUUUAAGGGGUUAGAACAGACAAUUUUUGAUGUCUACUAACCUUCAAAACAAAGCUUUGUGCCAAUGAAUCACCAGUAAAUAAAACAUAUAACCUUCCUCCUGUGUUAGCUUUUACUACGUACGCACUAUGUUAAGGGUUGGUUUUGACCCGUGUCUUAAAUCAGCUGUAAAUAACACUAAAAGCAAUUCUGGGUUACUAGGUUACCUUGUUAGGCUUCAUUAUCCAAGAAAAUAAUACUUAUAUUUUUUGUCGUGAUCCUCUGGGCCUUUCUUUGUCAGUAUACGCCUCACACAGACAUCUAUACUGAACUGAUCUCACAUGUCUGGACAUGCCCAACAUUGUCUUUUGUGCAGGGACAAACCAGGCAAAAUGUGAAUUUCCUAAAUCUCACAUGAUUAGGAGAGGAUCUGACUGUCAGUGUUGUACCUGACAGUGCUCAUAUGAUUUUAGUUUUUGCUCUAAUUAUUAGAUAUUGAUCUAACCGGGUCAACAGCAACUCUAACACGACAAGUGCCAUAAUUUUAAGAAGAGCAUUUUAUGAUUUAGUCAAUUUAAUUUUCAAAUUUUUAUUUUGUUGAUAUUAAGUUUCCUGACAAAUUCAAAAAGUCUUGAUGCAUUAAAACUUAUUUAAGUGGUUCUUUUAAGUAUUUAAAAACAAAAACAGGUUCAGUGCAGACCCUAACACAGGAGGAGGGAUAAAUAAUCUGUUUCUGUACAUCAUAUGUCUUAACUCUUCGGCAGCAAAACAAACAACGUAAGGAUUGUAGAAGGAUGCAAACAUGAGCUCCUUGUAUGCUCCUGUUGUUCUCAAUGAUAGUUAAGUCUCAACUCAUUCAUGUCACAAUUCUACCAGAUACCAGUGAAUGAGCUGAGACAAAGCUAAAGGAAAUGUUUGUGUCAUUCAGCUCAAAUAUGUAGCUCACCCAUACACUCUGUGACUCUUUACACAGCAGCUCAAGCAGGGAGUCUUGACAUGGACCGCCUCAUCAACCAAUCAGCCGUGUUUUCUGCUCAAGAGCAGGAGUGGAUACUUGAGAGGCCUCAUGAAUCAUUCACUUGUUAACAAAUCUGUGGUGUUCAUUGGCUGAGUGCUUUGGAUCAAAUGGGCCAAGCUGGAUCAGAUAGGAGCUUGUUUACAGUCACUGUCACUUGUCAGUCUAAUGCACUAUACAGCACACAGCCGAGCACUUAUCUCAUGCUAUGCAUUACAGCCCAUUAACUGUACAGCACACUCUAGUUUCCCCUGCAAUUUAGACGUGGUAGCAGUGGCAGCCUUGAGGCAGGUGCACUGUCAUGCAUGCCGCUGUCUUUCAAGUGGACGUGGUUUUCAACAAAGGUCCUUGGAUUGGUCAUGUAAUUCAAGAGGCAUGGAAAAAAUGCUCACGGUUAUACCACCCAUGUUUUAAGCAUCUCCUACUUUUCCAGUGUAGAGUGGUGUAGAGUGAACUCCUCCAGCUCUGCCAGUGAUCAAGGGACUGAGGGAAAGAGUGGGACAGCUCCUCUCUGAGUCACAGACACACACACGUAUACAGAGCCCACAUUGUAGCAGAAUUUACUGGCUUUAUACUGAUUGAUUCCUUUUUUUCUACGUGUGUCCGCGCAUGCAUGUGGGCGCUCGUUUAUUUCCCUGUGUGGUCUUGUGCAUACCUGUCUGACUGUGGUUGUCUCUGUGUGCAUGUGUCCGUUUGUGUGUGUGUGUGUGUGUGUGUGUGUGUGCUUUCUUCUCUCCCCCAUAGUUCGAGGGCUGCAACAAAGCUUUUUCACGUCUGGAGAACCUGAAGAUCCACCUUAGGAGCCACACAGGAGAGAAGCCAUACCUGUGCCAGCACCCUGGCUGCCAGAAAGCUUUCAGCAACUCCAGCGAUCGCGCCAAGCAUCAGCGCACUCACCUGGACACGGUCAGAAAUUAAGUCACUGCUCUGAAUGACCCCUUAAUAUCUCUCCUGGGUAGAUUAAUGUUUAACUUGUCAUGGGUGGAUUCUUAAACAAACGUUGGGUGGUCGCAAAAACAAAAAUGGCUGCAAGUAACUGGAGAUCAUAAAAGAUUGUCGCUCCCUUGCAAAUACAUUCAGAUUAAUGCUAAAUUAGCAGUUUUUGUAUGAAAUGCUCCUGUUGUAGCCCUCCAACAUUAAAAAAAACUGUGUUUCUGUCCAAGUCUCACUGCCUGUUUCCACAUCUUGACAGUGUCAGACUUAACUCUGCCGUCAGUCAGAGAGCAGAGUAGCCCUCUCACCCUCCGUACACCGGCUGUGACACGCCACAGAUCAUUAAAUGAUCAGUUCCAUUAGGCCGAGUCGCAGCUUUGGGCCGUUACAGACUUGGAUUGGAGCUGCAGACGCACACAGAGCUUUGCCUGUUUCUCUGACCUGCCGAGAGGGAAGGAAAGGUUGAGUCAGCCAUCGCUGCCUCUCGUCAUGUCUCAGUAAACCCCACCAAUACCUCACUUUAUCACCAUGCGCACGCCAACACAGCCAGAGAGUAAACAAGAUGUUUCACUCAAAUCAUAGACUAUGAAACAGUCAAGGCACCAUCUUUUCUAAUUCUUUAGAGUUUAUCCUCAUCACUUAUUUCUGAUGUUAUCGGCUAUUUCAACUCAAAUGUGUCUUACGUUUAAAAAUAUUACAAAAUAAAACAAGUAAAUCAGUAAUGACUCCCUUAAAGGUAAAAUAUUUAGUGACAUCUAGCAAUCAGAAUCCAGACUAAAGCACUUCCCUGUUUACUUAUCAUGUAAGUAAACUGAUGGCAGCAUUUAAUGACAAAAAGCUCCUGUGGUGCAUGAGAAGUAUGAUUUCUUAAUUUUUUACCUCUAUUAAUAAAAAUUCUGAUAUGUACAACAACAACAACAACAACUAUUCUUCUUUUUCACUUUCAAACUGGUGUAUUUCAAUUUCACUAUUCCACUCUCCAAAUUCAUUUUGCUCUUUUUGUCAGUAGUUUGUCCACUUUUUGUUACAGAAAAAAUAGGUCCCUUUCUGACAUGGAUAUGAAAGGCUCAUUCAAAGUUAACAAGAACAAAACUUUUUUUUUGAUCAGGUAAUUAUACAGAAAUUUAUACAUUAAAGUCAAUACAGUUAGAUGCAUCUAAACUUUACACACUGCACCUUGAAUAGUAUGUUAACUUGCCAAAAAAGCGAUAAUGCGAUAUGAUACAAUACGAUAUGAUACAAUACGAUAUGAUACAACACGAUACGAUACGACAUGUAUCGAUAUGUAUAAAAGAAACAAAAACAUUUUGUUUCUUUCUUUUUUUCUCAUUUGCUUUUUAUAAACUUCUUUAAAGAUAUUUUUGGGCUUGUAAGCAGCAAGUUCAGAGCAAAGGUUUUUGAUAGGUUCAAAGUUGAAGUUAAUGCUACCCUUGCUGUAAAACACAUGAAUUCACUUAUAUUGUAUUAGAAGUAUAUAGUCAAAUAAUUUUAAUGUUCCCCCAGUAACAUAACUUGUCUUUUUUAGGUCUUUAGAGUUUUGCUGAAACUCCUUAAUAACUGUCUUGUUACAGAUUUUUACAAGUGUAUUAUACACUUUUGACAUUAAGCUUAUUUCUCUUUCCUCCAAAUCUACUUAAAUGCUUUGAAUGUUUCAAAAUGAAAGAAUUUAAGCCACAUGGCAGCAGUCAGUUUACUAAAAGGGGUCAGUUGUUCCUUGAAAUGAUAGAAAGCACAAAAAAGUUGUAAGUAUUCAAGUGAUUACUGAAAAAGACACAAAAUAAAGCAUCAGUAAUAACAAGUUUAGUCACAGUGAGGAAAGUCUUUAUUAAGCUGUAAGGGCUCAAAUGCACCGCUUUCUGCCAACCUGUAAAUGAAAGAGGUAUCCCUUUAAUAACAACAGUUUCAUUUCCAAAAUAUUUCCCCCCUGUGUUUCUGUAUUAGCCAGCUACUAUUACUUUUGCUGCACAUAAGAGUAAAUCAUUCAGAACUUUUUCUUUGGGGUAGUUCUGAAUGCAGUUUUUUUGUAUCGUUCAUGGUUUUCUUCCACCACCCACUCUUUCCGCAGUAGGACAAAUGAUACAGCUAAUCCGGGACCCCGAUGCUUAGGGCUCCUCAUUAACACUACGCAAAUGCAGUCACCGUGGCUGCCCAAGAACACUUUGGGGGAAAAUUAUUUUCAAACUUAAUGAUAUUUAUUCUGCACAGAAGUUGUGCUUGAUUUCUUUGCUCAAGGUUCUGCGCUGUAUUGGGUGCGUUGCUUGUCAAAACAAACACAGCAGGGAUGACUGGCACCGUAAGAGCUUUGCAAUAACAAUGGCUUAUUUACAGAGCAGAUCAAGGUAUGGAGGCAGAGCUAAUAAAGACGUGUAUCCACUUACACUUUAAUGGCCAUCCUAUAUUCCUGAGGAUGGGAGAAAAUUUGCUGUGAGGGGGAAAAAGUUCCCUCAAUCAACUCGCUACAGAGUAUAUUUGCUUGGUUAAAGAAGUGAAUGUGAAAUACAGAGUAAACUCUAUGACAGUGCUGUCAUUUUAGAGAUGUAUCAUCGAUUAAUAAAAAUGCCCUUGUCUCCUUCUAUAAAUCUGGUUUAGUACAAGUUUUUUUUCCAAAUUCCAAUAAAAAAAAAUCUAUUUGUUUAUCUCUAUUUCUGAAAUAUUGGCUGAGUGUUUCUGAGAUAAUGUCCUGAUUUAAAUUGAUACUUAAAAAGGGGGAUUAAUAUAAAUCAGCAGUAGAAACAUAUCUUGGAGCACAUUUGAAAUAAUGAAUUUAGAUUAAUUUUAUAAUAAAUCUUUUCUUUUUCUCUUUUUCAUGCUUUUUUCUCUUUUGUUCUUUCUUCAAAUUCUGUCAUUCUCAGCUUAAAGGUAGGACUCUCACUUUGCCUUUACUUAAUGGACUUCAGUCUUAACUCAAUUCAUUUUGCUCACCAAGCUUCUUAUAUCAUUGUUUCCUUUAAGUAAAAUGAAUGUAACUGUACAUCGUAUUUAAGAUUCACUGUGGAUUUUUGGUCUCUUUGUUUAGAAGCCCUAUGCAUGUCAGAUCCCAGGCUGCACCAAGCGAUACACAGAUCCCAGCUCGCUGCGGAAACAUGUCAAGAUCCACUCGGCCAAAGAGCAACAGGUGCGUAGAAAGGUAAGACAGAGGGACGCAACAAAGUACUAAAUACAAAGUAUGCAUGUGGUCACUUUUUUCAAUUUGAUAUGAUAGUGAUACUUCUUUAACUGAAAUGAUAUGUUAAAAAUAACCACUUAUAAAAAUUAACACAUGUAAAAGCAAAAUCAUGAUGUAAACAUAUAAGAAAGUAAGUUUAUUGAUGUUAAAAUGAUUGUGAAUACAUUUUAAAAAACAUACCAAUGUGGAAUUGGAUUUGAAUGAAAAUACAGUAAAUGAAUAAUUCUAAAAAUGAAUUUCAAUGAAUAAAACAUUUUCAUAGCCGUGAGUUACAGUCUAAAGUUUCCUAGAAUAAGAGGUAGAUGUAUUUUUUUUUUCCUAUGUAUAUACAUGUUUUUUUUCUGAUUAUCCUGUUCCAUUGUUGAGUUAAAAUCAAAUAUGAAGUGAGAUUGUGCAGACAGUUUAAGCAACACACAACCAUGUCCUCAGAAGAGGUCAAAAUCAGUGGAGGGGCCAGUGUUUGUGUAGUUUCCUUUCAUUAAAAAAAACAAUGCCAAACUAGAAAAGCACUCGGAGAGCACAGACCUCCGCCAAGCAGCUCAUGUCCCCCCUUAAACAAGAAAUGCCCUGACUGGGAUUCAAACCCAGGACCUUCUGGUUGUGAGGUGACAGUGCUAACCACUACACCACUGUGCCACCUAUCUACACCACUGUGCCACCCAUUGGUUAUCUUUCAGCAUUGAAAAUUCCAACGACACCCUUAUUUUUAUGUGUUCUGGAUCACAGUAUCCAGAAUUUUGUCCGGAUCACCACCAUAAUUAAAUGGGAUCCUCCUGGGGCUGAGACGCACCUCUGGUGAAAAUUUCAGGUCAAUCCGUCUGUAACUUUCUCCGUAAAGUUUCUAAUAGACAAACAAACAAACCAACGCUAUUGAAAACAUAACCUCCUUGGUGUAGGUAAUGACAAAAUAACUGGUCAGUAAACUGUAGCUAUCUUUAUUUUUUCUCCUUUCUUGAGCAUCAAAUUGAAGAAGCUGAGGAUUCAUCUUAUGUCUCUAAAUUGGAGUUGUUGCUCAUCUAAUCUCAUGGUAUGAAUUGUGGAUAUUUUCCUUUAGGUUUCCUUUGCUGCAGCCCCAUAAUUCCUAGUGGACAUAAAAACGUGUGGGUGGUUUAGCCUGUGGAUCAUGCAAAGCACACUUCUGCUAUGCCCCCUUUCAAAGCUACUGUGUGUGACUUUAUUUCCAGUCAAUACACUGAGGCCAAAGGUCGUACAAACAGACCACUUUAUGUAAUUUUUCUUGUUCUGAUGUGCAUUAUCCACAGAAUCUUCUAGUUGUCUUAAUUGAAGGGUUGGGAGGCCGGGGAUGGGGGGGAGAAGGAGGUCUUUUCCCAACAAUAGAUCAGGUUUGACCACAUUUCAUCAUGUUCAUGGUCAAAAGCUGAUUCUUUCCCUGACUGGAAGCGGGUAAAUAACAGAGAAAGGGCUCAUUGUUGUGGAAGGGGCUGGAUAGUGGCAGGCUGGAUGAUGUGUUCCUUUGCUUAGCGUUGUAAAGGGAAACACAUGUGUGCUUGUAGCAUUGUUAAUAAGCUGUACUGUGGAAUCCCCCAGUGGCCAGAUGUUAUGGACAAAUGUCAAACAAACGCUCUGACUCCACUCUUGGAGCGGUCGGGAGAAAAACUGUUAGAGGAGUGUCGCUGUGAGGAAAACAGAGCCCCAAUUACAUGUGAUGAAUGUUUCGCAGGGCACUCAUAAGGAUCCCCAGAAGGACGUGCCCAUACACAUUUGCUGACAUACAAUAUUUAAGUGUGAAAUCAUAAUGCACAUGAUGCCAGCUGUAAAACUGUGGAAUAAAACAACACUGAGUUAUUCAAUCAUAUUUGAUUUCACUGGCAGAGGGGCUUGAGGAUCGAAAGUCACGCACAGAUCGAAUUUUCAUGCGCGCACUCAAUCAUUGAGGUGGAUAAACUGUGAGGAGAUACUUGGAGAGAAGGCCGGUUUUAAGUGAUAAUGUUGGAUAAUGUUUCCACACAGUCAAAACAGAAAGUUGAAACACAGAAUGUAUUUUCAGUGAAUGAUGAAGGCCGACAUUGGGAAAUAGAUAAUUGUACUUAUAGGUGAUCAAGCAAAAACCCUGUAACUAGAGCACUUUCUUUUAAAUACAUACUUGAGCUGUACUGGUCUCAAACACUCAUAAAUAGUUUUACUGAACAUCAUAAAGUUUUAACUUCCCAUACUGCUGAAAGAUGUACAUUAUUCAGGAUAUUUAUUCUUAGCAUGAUGGCCAAAAAAAUAACUCUUUCAGGACAUUGAGCCGUAAUUCAAUGGAAGUUUACAAAGAAUCGAAAGGGUUUUAAGAAAACUGAUAUCAGAAGUCCUGGCACUUCCGAGAAUGAUUGGUCAAUGGUUGAGUUGAAACAUUUACGAGCACCGCGGUGUUCCAAAUAUUGAACUACUUCCAUCUUGGAAGGGGCUGUAAGUGCAGCAACAAAAAAAAUGAAUACUGAUGGUGUUUGUUUUUGGGACACUGAGUGCUCAAAUUGCUGAACUGCAUUGGUUUUGUGUUAAUGGAAAGGCGCUGCCAGCACAAAAAAAAGUGCAGUUCGUGGACACAGGCCCUAAUGCAUCAUUAAAACAGAAAACAAAGUCUGAAUGGUUGAAAAAAGUAGCUUUGAAAAAUAAAACUUUUCACAAAACUUUAGAAAAUUGAAAAUCAAUCAAAAAUGAACCUUAAUACCACCUUAAAACCCAUGCAGGAGGUAAAAAUAAUAAAAUAAAGCACGAUGAAAACAGGAAGUGAGAAAUCAUUUGAAAGAUCAUAAUGAGGAAACAUAUGAGGUACGAUGAAAACAUUGAGAACGAAGUCAGAAAGUUAGGAAAUAAAACACUAAAAGAAUAAAAAGUAAGCAUGUUGAAAUAUCUGGUCAUCAAUGUUUAAAUAGCAAUGUCAUAUGUUUUAUUAUAUUGCAAUUAUACAUUAUAUAUUCAUAUUUUAUUAGAAUGAUCUUUUUUUUUUUACCAUCUUUUAUGUAGACGAGAAUUGAGGUCAAUGACAGGGAGUAAUAACCUGAUCAGGCUUUUAUAAACACCGUAGGUCUAAAUAACGUAAAUCUGCAACAGAUCAAGUCCACCACUCUUCUUUUCUUCAAAAUUUCACCUAAUAUUGGAGCCAGAGCAGCCUCAUUCAGAUGCUUACCCUCUCUAAAGUAAGUGUCAUGAUUGGGUGUUGCACACUUCUGGUUUGGAACGUAUUUUUUCAGACCUAAUCUUGUUCAUCGUUCUGAGCUUUGUCCACGUCUCAGUUUUGAACUUUCAGGAUCUCUGUAGGUAAAUCUCCACAUUAAAGGAGUCUAAAGGUUGUUGGUACAGCCCUGGUGUGUACCACAAGAACUAUAAUGUUUUACUACCGAGGAACCCACUGAUGGAUACCACAGAGGUCAGAUGUUCCUCUGAUCCAAAGGGCAGAUGUCCCAUUUCUUGAACUAAAACAGGUUUCUUUAGAUUUACGUUUCUUCUGCCUGCCGUGUGACGGUCUCUCCUGCUGAAAUGUGUCUUCAGUUGCCCUCUUUAGUGUUGGCAGAGAGAGAAACAGAAGCAAUCUGACGUUGGCUCUGAGUUGGUACAGUGAUCACUUACCCGCGAGGUCCAAGGCCAACGCAUGACUCAAAAAGGAGUGUAUGAUCUUCCCUUUGGUUCCCCCCUGACUGAGAGUGUAUUCUUGUUUGCUGAGUUACUGCUUCAAAUUAACAUCACAAUCACGUUAUUGCAAAAAGAGAAAACACACCCCACAUCGGGUUGGACCUACAAAUAGACAAAACUGAAGCUGUGUUUUGUUCCUCUGGUUGUGUAAUUUGUGCAAACCAGAUGUAGUUCUCUUAAAAUGACUCAACAUCAGUUCUUGUAAACAUUUGCUGUUUUUUCCUCUACCCUGUGAUUGACAGCUCCGGCCCUGUCCUCAUCUGGAGCAGGACGUCCUCAGUGACUGUCUGUCCAUGCAGCACCUCCAGAGCUCAGCCUCCUCGCAGCACCUCUACAACAGCAAAGACGGUCGCUCUCCUGGACUGGGUCAGGACAUCUUCACAGGUGCACACAGGAUCCUACUCUGUCUCUGAAUCUUUAUUAAUGCAUUACAAAGGUGUCAAUUAAUCAAACACACCUGAAGCAAAAACAAAUCCUCAACAACAGUACAUUAUAGAUUUUUACUACUAUUAUGCUGUUAUGCUACUGACUCUAUAUAAUGUAGAAUCUGCAAGCAGGGGUCUAGAUUUGGUUCAUAUUACCUAGGCAAGGCUUUGUGAAAUGUUAAUAUUUACAGUGAAACUGAGACUCACCAGGAACAGACAAUCCCCAUCCAGAUUCCCUGACUCACUACUGAAGUAAGCCAAUGGGAAGACUCUGUAACUCACCUCAGUGUGCUGAAUGAACAGGCGCUACAUUAAGGACGUCAUGAUCUAUGAAAUGAUGUCAUUUCUUUUACGGACACAUCUGGAGGGGGGAAUCCUGCUCCACUUCUGAACACACUCUUGCUAAUUGGGCUGUAAACUAUGCGUCACAGGAUCAGGGAAAUCUCAGCAGGAAGUCAUUUACUGCUCACCACAAGCUAGUCUGGAAGGCUUAAAAAGUUGACUAUAGCUCACAGAGGCAAAUACCUUCAUCAGAUAAUAACUGAUGGUGUAUGAAGAUGUACUAUCUUAAGAAAAAAUGACAUGGAUCAAGUACAUACAACUUAGAACAUCUUAUAUUGAAUUAGUUGAUUGCCCUGUGUACAGGAGCCACAGUUCUUGAAGUGACUAUGUUUCUUUUGCAUGUCCUUCCCCUCUCUUGCUCUCGGUUUCUGCUGUAAUCACAGUCCUAUCAUCUAAGGAUAAAAUUUAGAGAGAUGUGGAAUAAACAUCACGCUCUCUGCAGCAUGUCUCAAAUCAUAUUUCCACUUUUGAAUGUCUGAUAACAUGUUAGGCUAAGUAUGUUCAGACAAAAAAAACCCUCAAAUAAGCAUUAAAGAGCUAUCCCGGCGAAAAAUUAAUUUAGGGUCAAACACACGAUAACACUGUUUUAGACACCUCCUCGAGAGAUGAAUGUCGCAGACCGCUUGCUUCUCUAGUUAUACCAACUUUAGUAAGGACCACACGAUAGCAAUACACAGCGGUCUGAGGAGCCACAAACAAACCUCAACCAAAAAGUCACUCUAUAGCCACAAAUAAUGCUCAGAACAGCACCUAACUUCAUCAACAGCACAUAUAGGGUCCUAGCCACAGCACAAGCCACCGAACAUCUUUUUAACUUUGCCUAAGUCCUUUAGCAAAGAGACUGAAAACAACUCACCUACUCUCUUCCAGCAGCCGCUUGUUUGUAGCGAGACCUCAGGCCAGUCCAUUAUGGACUGCUACAGGGUUACACAGCUCAAGGAAGAACAUUUAUGAUCAUUUCUUCAUGGAAAUGCAAUCAGACCGAGACGCUAAGGCAGAAGAACUACCACGUCUGCAGUAUAAAAUGAUAUAUAUGGUGAUUAUUACUUCAAGGAAAUGAUAAAGUAAUGAUCAUAAAUGUUCUUCCUUGAGCUGCAUCACCCCGCUGUAGUCCGUAAUGGACUGGCCCGAGGUCUCGCUAUAAACAAGCGACUGCUGGAAGAGAGUGGUUGAGUUGUGUUUAGUCUCUUUGGGAAAGAAAUUAGUCAAAGUUAUAAAGAUGUUUGGUGGCUAGUACUAUGGCUAGGACUCUAUAUGUACUGUUGAUGAAGUUAGGUGCUGUUCUGAGCAUUAUUUGUGGCUACAGAGUGGCUUUUUGGUUGAGAUUUGUGUGCGUUGCUAUUGUGUGGUCGUUACUAAAGUUGGUAUAACUAGAAAAGCAAGCAGUCUGCAACGUUCACCUCUCAAGGGGGUGUCUAACUCGGUGUUACGGUGUGUUUGACCCUAACUUAAUUUUAUGCUGAAAUGUCCCUUUAAGGAAAGACUACCCCAGGAAUACCUUUUUAUCUCUUGCUUUUGAUUUGGAAGAGUAUGUACAUGCAUAAUGUAAUAUUCAUCGUUGCGCCAUCUUUUUGGUGGAGCGAUCCAAAAUUUGACUCCAAAACGCUUGCCCUGUCUCAAAAUGUUGAUGGCCAGGGUUUAUUAUUUCCAAAAUUAGAGACCACGCCAGCAAGCGAGGCCUGAAAUCUAAACACCUGGCAAAGCAAUCAUCCAGUCAAAGGUGGUAAUCAACAGCCAUGUCAACAUUCCUGCAGAUGUAUUGUGGUAAUUUUGCUCUUCCAGGCAGUAAAAAUCAUACUUACGGCGCCUUUGGUCAAACAUAAACAAAUUAUACUCCUGUAAUUUUGCUGUGAUUGCUUCAGCGCUUUUUAUAUCAACAUUUUUAGCUGUUGAACAUGCUUAUUUAAAUUUAGAAGGAAGUGUUUCAGCCUUGCACUUCUCAUUGUGUCACAGGCGAUUCAUGUUAAGCCGUCAUCUUGUCAUGCAAAAGCUGCAAAAGCAAUUACGAUCACAAACAGCCACAAACGUUUAUUCAUCACAUGUGGCCUUUAAAGCAUAUUUCUAAUUGAUGAAUUUGACCGUCACCAAAUGUCAACACUUCUCUGGAUUGGUAACAAGAGGGAGAUAAAUGGAUUCUAACAAUCUUAAAGACCAGAGAGAUUUCCUGCAGAGUCCUCUUUUUAUGGACAUCUGUCCUUGUUUUCUGCCUGUAUCCUAUCCAGGCUCCCCAUUGCUCUCUGUUAUUGCUGCUGCAACUCUAGCACACGUUUGACGAUGUUAACGCUCAACUUGCAUUCAAAUGUCAAACCAGGCCUCUGAGUUUUGACUUCUCCUCCCCUGUGCCCCUCUGUUUGGACCUUGAAGGUUGCUUGUUCCCUUGUUUAAAAUCUUUCAAAGCCCAGAGGAGCUCGCUCUUGAGCCCAGCGCCAAAGCACUCAGGGAUUCAGAGUUAUUCAAGGCCAGCAAAGAUGUUGCAGGUUGGCACAGAGGAUCCCCAUUUACAUGAGUUUUACUUUGUUUCAAUGCCAAUAGGAUGCAUGUGAGAGGUGGGGCAAAGUGGGCAGCCAUCCCAUCAUUAACACUUGUGGAGCAGAAAAUGAGUCAUGCUUCCAGUCAGAGCUCGACUUCUUUUCCUGUUCGCCAGCUAUAAGUCUGCUCUUAUUCACCAGGCUGCAGAGCGACUUACGAGAAGCCCCUCUCUGUUUUAUGGAGCGUAAUUACACUGUUCUCUGAUUAACAAGAGGAAAUGCUCAUCAUAAUUUUAGCGCACAGGUUUACAUGCUCCUGCUGGGAUCCUGAGAGACGGAUACACCUCGAUCUCGCUCUCACACUGAGCUCGUUUUUCCUGAAACAAUCUUAAACCGCUGCAGAACAAAAUCCUCAACCGACCCCCUUAAGUAGCGCCAUCAGAUCUCCUCUUUCUCUACCUCCUUCUUCCACAAGGAGCCAGAGAUGAAAUUGAGGCAAUCAAAGCCAUUAUUUGUCGACUGUUUUGCUGGUGUGGUAGCAGAUGUUGGGGCUAAAGGGGAAAACAUUUAAGGUCUGUGAUUGAUGAUUUGGGGGUAAUGAAUCAGGCUUGUAGCCAUUUCAGGGCGCUGUCAGAUCAGACCUUGGCAUGCUUCCACUUGAGAACAGCUGGGCCAGGAAACGGCAAAACCAGGAGCGCCAGUCUUUUCUCCUGCUUUCAUCUCAUCCUGUCUUCCCCUCUCAUCGCUGGUUUAACUGUCAGCAUGACUCUCUCUCCUCUGCUGUGGAUGCUGGAAAAGAAAUCAUGUGAUAAAUGGUGAAGGAGAUGGAGAAAGCAGAUUUAUUGUGUCGGGAGAACAAGUGUAGGCAUAACGUCUCUUAUCAACACCGAUUUGUCCUGAUGUUUUAACUCCAGUCUGAACAAAUCUCUCAUGACUGGUCUCGAGUCAAUCUCUGGAGCAAUCAGAGCUGUCUAUUAAAAUAAAGUGAUUUGUCUUAGAGUAGGUAAGACAUUCAGUGUCUUAAAUUAAUUGGGAGUGGACUCAAAAUAUGUUUAUGUGCUUAAGUUGAGGUUUGUGGCACCUUACAAAAGUAGCUAACUGAGCUGAGGCACCGUAUGUUUGCAUCCAUACUGUGGCGCAGUGGUGUGCAUGAUUAAUCAUUAUUAAUCACAGCCACCACUGCGAUCAAUCAUAAUGUCAGUUCUGACUUGAUUGACAGCUCUUUUUAUUAGUCAGUAGGUUUAGAUCAGCCAAACAGAACAAAAACUUAAGCAGGCAGGGGUAUCAGGAGCUUCAUCUGUACACGUUUCACAUUUAAAAACAACAACAUCUGGAUCUCAAGUAGCAGUAAAGAUGCUGGCACUAUAGAAAACAUUUGUUUUAUUCAGAUUUGCAUUAUAAAUUAGAAAAAAGGACCUGUUUUUUUCAAGGCCACAGCUUGAAACUGUUGAAAUUUUUCCUCACUGUGUCAACAGAGAGUAAAUCACUGUGAUUUUGGCGAACUCAGCAACUAAAUAGAAAAAAAAACAACAUUAGAUCUUCCAAAACAGAGUGAGGCACUGUCCCAUAAAACUUUUUCUCUGUAUAUUUCCAGCUGUGUGCAUGAAAUGUUCAUCCAUACAUGCAAAAAAAAAGAUCCACAUAUGCUUGCAUGUACUCACAAACCCAUACCCAUGAGAACCAGAAUGCAGGAUUCUCACAGAUACACACUCACAACAGAGGGUUUCCCAUAAGCGUAGUCUCUUUUUUGAAUGCCCUACUGUUUAAAGUCACUAUAUAAACACAUGUAACAUUUUAGCUUAUUAUUGUGUAAUAAGAACAAACAGCUGAAAGGACAAACAGGGCCAAUCCCCAUGGCAGCACAAACAAUGUACCCCAAAUUGCAAACAGCACAAACACCGAACAUUUGAUUUCAUAGAGCUCUCUGAUUGGAUGAAGGUUGUCAAAACAAAAUCCUGUUACCAUAAAAUGGCUUUCAAUUAGCUUAAAGGAAACACAGAGUGCAUGGUUCUUGGGUUUAUGUGGCACCUUUACUGAAUUAGCUUUGUUUUUCUUUCAGGCCUGUACACUGGCUCCAGCACCCCCCAUCACAGCGCCUCAGUGGAGCUCCUCUCUCCGACUCCCAACCCCCCUCCCACUUCUGUCACUGACCUGCCGUCACGACAACACAGACUAGACCGUGACCUCAACAGCCCUCAUCACCUGUCCCCACUGACUGCCAUGGACGGCACGAGAGAUGGGUGAGUCCUACAUGAGUGUGGAGAUGACACUUUGGCACUUUUAACCCCAUGACAGUUGAGGAAUAAAAUGUGAAUUUCUUUAACUCCCUCUGAAUGGUCUCUGCAGGGAACUUAAAUACACUCACUGGUAUAGUCAAGUGAUUUGGCAGAAGGCAGAAUUACACUUAGCUUAGCUACAGUAUUUUACAUAAGUAGAAGUACAUGUACUUGUGUGAAAGUUAACGCUGAAGAGUAAAGAAUCCAAAAUGAAAAAGUGGAAUAUACUUGAAUAAUGAAACAUGAAACUAGCCCUCUGAAGGAGAUUCUUUCUGGACUGUGUGAACUGAACCUUAUGUUAUUUUUAUUAGAUGAUUUAUCUCAUAUCAGUAAAAUAAAAACAUGGUACAGUGCUUUAAAAACAUCAACUUUGCUCCAAUCUGAAAACCAUUGCUGCUCCAAAUCACAUCUUUCUUUUAUUUGUUUUUUCCCGAUAUUCCAUUUUGUAUCUGUUGCGCAUGACAUGCAAUGGUAAAUAUACUCAGGACUCUUCUUUUCUCUAUAGUAGUUACCCUCCAUUUACAUUUGAAUCAGGGAUGUUUUAAAGCUACUACUUUACACUAGGAAAUACUUUGCUUACAGGUCAUAAAACACUCAAAACAGUCAAAAUUGAGCUUAUUUCAGUUCACAGAGUCUGCAGGUAAUUAAUGUCAAAUUGGUUUGCAGAGUGUAGCUAACAUUAGGAGAGCUGGCACCACCAGCUAUCAGUCUUCCAUGCAGUUUUAAUAUUCAAAUGCCUGUGCUGUUUUGCAUUGCUCUAGUCAAAUGGUUAUAUGCAACCUUAACCUGAUACAGCUUACACACAUCUUUAUCUUCAUUCUCCAGAUCAAAAUACUGCCAAACUGGGCCAUUGGCAAUCAGUGCUACAUCUGGGUUGUAGAGCAUUAUAACAUUAUGGCAGCAGUUAAAUACAGCCACAGUCCCAGCUGGUGGUAGUUGGCUGUGCAACUUAGGCCAACAUAUAAACACUAUUUUUGACUAACAAUCAUAAGAAUACUAAUACCUCAUAUAGCCAGCUAGUAAUUCUACAGAGGGUGAUGACAUUUAUUCACUUGGUUGAUUAUUCAAGUAUAAUCGCUGCUGGAGAAGUUUUUAUAGUGAGAGGACAAGUGGUAAUGAUGCACAAUAGAUUCAAGUUUUCGAUUUUUUGAAAAUGUUAGAGAUGUAUUUAGUGAUGAGUAUUUUUGUUGAAAUUUAUGUGUAAUGUGCAAAACAAACGAGUGGUUAGAAAGACAAAUAAUUUUUAAGGGACAGAUAACUGACAUCAGCUCUUACAUAGAGUAACAGAGUAUUUGUGCUUUUGUAUUGUAUUUGUCUGGUCAAACUUUUCUUGUUUUAGUUACCAGAAAUCAUAAAGAGAGUAAUAUCUCCUCAUAAAGAAAGGCUUGUAAGUGACCACACAUGUUUGAGUGACAUGGUGCUGAAUGGUCACACACACGCUCCUGGACAGAGGUCCAAUAAGUUCAUUUGUCUUCACUAUUGCAGCACUAAAGAAGAGUUAUUAAAGUGCUGUUCUGUAGUGUUUUUGAUGAAUCUUCACAUAAACAUGAAAAUAUCUGCUUAUACCUCGAGGCCAGUUGAACUGUUUUCUUACAUUAAUCAUGCUGAUAGUAUUGUGAUUCUCACAAAUUUGGACCCUCUGGUUUUUCAUUGUUUUUCACCUAUUCAUCAUCCUGAAUCACGGCAGGGCGAACCCUCUUAGAUCAUGUUGGGUUAAGCCCCUCUGUCCUGCUGACAAACCUAUUUGGUCAUCUCACUGGAAACAAUCUAAACUCUACAACCCCUGAGACUUUCCUCAUGAAAAGAGGGCUAUGCUGGUCACUGUGGGGUCAACGUGACACAUCACCAGCUCCACUUCUGGCACCAUCGUCAGUGUACAUAAGGUCCCCCAUCUCCACUGGAUACGACACCAUCAGUGUGAUGACCGAACUGUUUGGCUUUGAGGACACUGCUAGGGCAGUGUGAUAGGAUUAUUUGGUGUUUAUAUUGUGAAGAGGUUUAAUCCCUGAUGACAUGAUUCAACAAAUUCUCCCAAAAACAUGACCUUACGACUUAGUUUGUACAAACCCCCUUGAGCUGAUGUUUAAAGUGGCUCUUUAAUGCUUAUCACAAGUUUUAUAUUUUCACUCUGAAACCUUUAAAAUAGCUUUACAUGAUUUACAAAUCUAAAAACCAUGUUAUAUCUCACCCUGGUGUCAGAGAAAACCUUUGACUAGCACAGGUAAUCUCAGGUAGUGUCCCUUUGAGGCUCCUCUCCAUGAAAGCCCAGUUUCCUCUGAUGGGUCAGCUUUCUGAAAUCCUGGGAGGUAUUAGAGUUUUUGAUUUGGGCAAUGCAUUUCAAAACUGCUAUGAAACUUCACUUUCAGUCAGUUUGUAUAUCAAACUUCAUAAUGAUGUAUGUGCUUGUAUGUCAGAAAAUAUGGAGCAGCUUAUUAUGAUAAAGAUUAACUUGAAUGAGAAAAUAUAGGAAACCGUAAAACACGAUUUUCGAAAGAGCUGCCUCUAACUGUGCUUGGAAAACCUGCAGUUUGCACAAAUGCUGCCUUGUUGCACAAGAAAACUUGGGCAGAAGUGACCGCUCUUUUCAUGUAUCAAUUUUUAUUUGUCCUGUGUGUGAGUGUACGUGUGAGAGACUCAGCAUGUUUCCUAUUAGUGCAGAAGAUUUCCCAGCGGAGCAGAAACACAGAGCCCAAGUGUCGUCAGGAGGCACAGUGUGUACUGUACUAAAGAAAGUGCCGAAAACCAGGGAGGUGGAAAAGGAAAACACUCUUUUACAGUUUAAUAACAUUGAGAAAGAGUGGAUGGAAUCAGGCAUGAUAAACCCUGUGUUACAAAAGUGAUUGUGUUACGUAAACAUGCUUUAUUUUAACCCUGUGGUCCACUCUUUAGGUGUCUGUGUGUAUAUGCACUUUCACUGGAGUAUAUACAGCACCGGCUCAUGAGAGAAUGAGAUUUGAAAGCUUUCUUACUCUUAAGAGCCAUGCAUGUGUGUGCACAUGUGUGUCUCAGUGUGUGGGAGUGUGUGUGAGUGAGUGGAGUUUACAUAUAGUAAUCCAGGAAACACACAUGAUUGCGAGUGAUUGGGGUGUGAGGCACAGCAGACUUCCAGCACAAACAGAGCAGCGAGCCGAGGCGGCAAAACCGUCUGGAUGUAAACGUCCAAGUGCAGCAGAGAGACGCUCGACCGGUCUGAAAGCAGCUGGAAGGUGAUGUGUUGUUUCAAGCCUUAAAAACAGGAGGAGAAGGCUGAUGAAAUUACGUUGUGGCUGCAGCGCCUCUUUCUUGAUGGCGGGCACAAUUACCAGCACAGUGAGAGGGAUAGAAACUGAAAAGGACCUGGGUAGGGGAUGCUGUAACAGUGGUUACACAUGCAGGGUGACGUAGUAAAGGUAUGAUGGGGUAGAGCUGGGCGAUAAAACGACAACGAUAUAUAUCAAAAAUUAAUUUCCCUCAAUAUCAAUAUAAAACAUGGUCAGUAUCAUUUUCAAUUGUUGGAAUUCUACCAUGUUUUGGUAGACUAUACGAAUAGCCAAUGAAAGGGGAGUUACUCCGGGUCCGCUUCGCACUGAACCAAUCAUGUGCUAAAGUAGAACCAAGUAGCAAAUGACUGCGUAGUAGCAGGCUGCAGCUACACGCAACUAUAGCAUUUUAACACGAGAAGCCGAAAGCACUGUCAGUGAGAAAAAAGAAAAUGAGUGCUACCCCUGACAGAAAUGCAGAUGAAGGCUCAACAGAUGAAGACAUCGUUGACAACACUGGCAUGAAAACGUACAAAAUCGGACAUGAAGCAGAGUAAUGCGCACAGCAAAUUAUGUCAAGUACAUGUUCUCGUAAAGUCAGGGAAUACCUCAAAUCUUUAUCACCACCUGAAGCAGUGCCACACAGCAGAGCAUGCACAAUGCAAAAGGUUACAAACCCGAGCGGAGAAAGGAGCCCAUGGCGCCUGUGCAGCCGAAACAGCCAACCAUUCUGCUUUCUCUACUGCAACGCCUUACGACAAAAUGUUGAAGAAACACAAAGACCUCACAGAUGCAGUAGCUUAUUGUAUUGCAAAAGACAUGCUACCAAUAGGCACUCUUCAAUUUCAUUUUUUAUAUCGUGAUAUAUAUCGAUAUCAUCUGAUAUGAAAAAAAUAUAUUGUGAUAAACUUUUUCCCAUAUCACCCAGCCCUAUGAUGGGGGUUUCUCCCUCUGAGGCUUGAUGAGGAGCUUCUAAAUGUCUGCGUUGUGCAGUUCGAGUCCCAUUUGUUCUGCAACAUAAGUAUCCAAAAUGCCAUUCAGGUUCAUGUUUGUCCUCCCCCUCCCACUCCAGCUUCAGCUCACGCUUGUUAUGCGAUUACAAUGCUGCAUUAAAAUGACAGAAAUUUCCACACUUGGAAAUUUCAUCAAAUCAAGAUGUUUCACCUAAAAGCUAUGACACACACACUCACACACACACUGUGUCGCCCUAUCUGUUCAUCACAGGAUAACGCACUGAGGGUGGGGUUGAGAGUCAAAUAAGCAGAGUUGUGGCAGGGACCUACAGAGCAACGAGCCGGGCAUGAAACGUCUACUCACAUUAGCCUGAAGAUGGAGCAUUUGAUUUACAUGUUUUAAAGCCUUGAGUAUACAGCCUGCUGCCAAAGUCAAUAUCAGCGCCGCACUUGUUUUUCCCAAACGGUUUAGCAGGACAUUAAACAUUUUGACAAAAUUAUCAAACUAACCUGCCUCUAGUGUGGCAGCCUCUGACCUCAUAGCUAAAUGUGUUUACUCUGGCUCAAAUGGGCCAUUUAGACUCCUUUUACUCUCUAAAUACCAGUGUCAUUUUUCUGAAGCUAAUAUUAAAAUAUGCCAGUUAAAAUACAUUUUGCGAUCUUGUGCAUGUGUGUGUAAGUGUGUAUUUGUGUUUGAGUGUGUGUGUGUGCAGCAGCUAUCAUGGAAACGGCUGCUCCACCACAGCAGCGUGUGCUCACAGAGGGAUGGGUGGUAAAUGUUGUCAUUCACUGCCUCGGCCAUAUGUGGUUAUAUAAUUGCAGAGGGGCGAGUAUGCAGCCGUUACCUGCGUAUUGAUAUUAGAGCCCCUCUGUAAAUAUUGGUCUGAGGUGGUUUGAUACCUCAGCAGUGAUUGACGUAGGGUAAUUGAAUUAGAGUGGCAGCAGGGACGCCACAGAGCUACAUUAAGAGUUUGGGCAGUGAAGGGGGACGUUCGCCGCUCAUAACCCGACACUGUUGACUUCCAGUCAUUAUCAGUCAACGCAGUGAUCCAGAAAACGAGUGUCAACCUCGCAGCCCAAACAAAAACAUUUUUUGGGGUGGUUGCUCACGACAGAGUGUGGUCAGUAACUCAUUCUCUGCUAUUAAUGCCCAGUCUUUAAUCGACGCUAGUCUUUAUUUAAACCCAUCAGCACAAACGGUUAACUCACGCUAAAGAUUCAGAUGUUAUAUCGUCAAUAUUUUGUCCAAGAAUGAUGGUGAUUAAGGACAGAUCCUUUGUGUUUAGAGCAGUUGUCUUACCGGGGCUUUCAAAGAGCUUUAAGGCCCCAAAAGUAUCCAAAGCCCUAAAUGUAGUCUUCACACUGAGGCCUGCAGGGCUGGCUUAGUGUUAGCUUAGCUUUAGCCAGGAUGCUAUAGUCUGUCUCUCAAGCACAGCUUUAGUUUGCUAACCAGAACCAGAAGCGUUCCCACCAGUCUAUGCCAAAGAAGACCCUGUCAUCCAUCAGAGGAGCUUAAUGUCGGCUGCUAAGGGAGCAGAUGAGAGGAGGGGGCGGAGGGUGUUUGUCGAGAACGUAAAGUCUUUGGAGGAUGGAGUCUGAUCCCCGCUCCCUGGUGGGACAGCUAGCUGCAGGUGAAGGAAGACGAACGAGCAGCAGAGCAGCAGUGCUCAUGAAUCUUCAGGUUUUUCUUUCCAUCCCAUCAUGCCUCAGUACAAAGAGCCAAGACUCCGCCAGGACUGCUUUUCUUUCACACAACAAGAGUUCAUCAACUUUUUUGUUACAUUUCUGGACAAUAAUCUGCUCAGGCUUACCUCAAUACAAGUCCUGUUGUCUGGGCUCCAGGCGUACAGCUAGGUCAUGAACUUUACUAAAUCUCCCUCCUAGAAUGACAUCAGCUUUCCCAUAUUACUCACAGGAAAAGUCGCUGAGACACUCGAGUUUUAAGUCACUGAGCCAUAUUUUCAUAAGUGAAGAGGGAGGUCUCAGAAACCCCAUGCUAAUCACUGAAGAAAUGAUCAUGCUGGCACCUCUUACCCACGCUGCUAUCUUCACGAAACAGAGCUGAAAGGAUGUCGCUCUAACAGACAGCACAGAAGUUAGUUUACACGUCUGUCGACAAUCUCUAAACCCUCUCAGAAAUUUACUUCAUCAAUCUCAUCGCCUCACCCCGAAAUCAGAUCAAUCCCUGUCUUUAAGAAUCAACAGGUCAAAGGUCAAAUCACUUUCUCAUUGCCGUGAGACAUGAGUGGGUGGGCUGGCUGGAAAAAGUGGAGUAAUACAGGAUGGUCAGUGAAGAUGAAUAUCAGGUCAGAGAUUAAUGCGGAAUAUGAAAGAUUCCCCUCAUACCUCCAGCCUCAGUCAAGAGCAAGCCAGAGUCCAGCAUGAGCAGAGUCUGUGGGCAGCUGGCAGUGAUUAGCUUAUGAUUCACUUUAGCUGCACAUAGAGGCAGCUUGUAAAAAUAUGAACAGUAUAACUGUUUCCUGAGUUUGUGCUGACAGCAGCUCCUGGGGGAAUGCUGCUCUCUGCAGGACCACAUGGCCACGCACUGGGCCCAUGCCAACCCAUGGAUUAGCUACGCUCGCUAACAGCUAGCUUCUUUAGAGCCAGACUGACACCAGGUGCCACACAAGCUUCCCCAAUUUCAGGAGGUGGACACAAGAGGUCAAGUGCAGUGCAUUUACAGUGCAUUUGAUGCCCAGAUGAACAUGUUGAUAGAAAGGAGGCUCAGAGAGAAAAACCAAUGCAGAAAGUUUGAAAGAUUUGUUUUUUCCAUAAAACUCAGCCUUAUCGCUUAAAUUUGAAGAUGUGCCAAUAGUCCGUGCAAUGUUUUCUCAUUUUUGUCUCUUAAAGGAAUGAGCACUGAAUCGAGGGGUAUAUUGACCUUAGACAAGUUACCAAUAGGCUACAGCACUUUUGUUUCCAUACCACAAAAAGAGUGUUUUCUGAUAUGCUGUCAAAAGUGCUGGCAAAAAAAGUACUUUAAGGCUUUUGUUUGGAGUUUUUACAACGAUUUUUUUCAUUUCCAUGACAAAAAAUCUGGGACAUGGGAAAUGCAGGACAUGAUUUUUUUUCACUUGAGUAAAUAAAACCCCUUUUUCUGAAAUAUCAAGGUCUCUGUUCUCAGGAUUACAUGAUAACUUUUUGAAAAUUAAAUAUUUUUCCCUGUUAUUCUAAAUUAGCAAGAUAAUUAUCUCAGAAUUAUGAGAAGAUUUUAUGGAUCAAAAUUGUUUUUCUUAGAAAAACUGACUUAGAAACCCAAGAAAUCGGAAAAACACAGCAAAAGGUUUGCAUCUAUGAAGUUAUUAUCGUGUUAAUUCUGUACAAAGCAGAUUCUUUCCCUUAAGUGAAUACUUCUCUGUACUGGUUGGACAUUUAAAGGAUAAAACCAGCGAAGAGAUUAGAGGAACUGUUUUCUCCACCUAAGGUGCCAAAAUUGAAACAAACCAACAGAUCCUCACAAAAGCUUAAAAUACCAACAAUUUAAGUCUAAAAAUGUCAGUAAAAGUUUCCCUGUCUGUAAUCAUUUUGGUUAAGUUCAUUAAUUACUGUAUAUUGAGCUGGGUGGUGCAAUAUUUUAAAACUCACCAUAUGUGAAAUUAUUUCAUAGAGCAAGUCUGACAAACUUAUUUUUCAUUUUAGUCUCUCCCAUUGAAUCAAUGCCAUCAGACCAUAUUAAAUUGUAUGAAUUUGCACUGUUUCUUUUUGUUUCCUUUGGAGCAGUUUGCUGGUCAGUUUUCUCUGCACUAAAGUCAGUAGGAUCUUAUACUUAAGCAAAUAUGCAUCAACAACUUUAAAAAGUAUGCCAAAAUGUAUUGAUUAUAUAGUUUUGUGAUGGAUAGAAGUAAUGGAGGCAAAAACACGAGUUUAAAGCUACUGUACGUCCCUGAUGAAAGUGUGUUAAGAAUCACACACCUUUGUUUGACAUCUUCAGCCUUCCUUAGCCACAUUUUGUACACAUAGCGGGCUACUUUUUGCUGUCCAGGAAGCCCCAUGCAUGAAGCAGUAGGUCAUUUUGUAGGCUCCAGCCAGGCCAGCCGAGCAGUUAUUUGAGGGCUUGUCUGCCUCCAGCGGCACUCUGUCAUCACAUUCAUAUAGCGCUUAGUGUAAACCAUAUGCUUCCACAGCUAAGCAGCACAUAGUAACACAGCAGCAGUUUAUGUGUUGGCAUUCCUGAUGUGCACUCAUGAGAGGGCACUAAGUGGCUGCUGAAUAUUUUGGGGAGUGAUUGGCCUUCUCUGUUUUUACAGGCAGGAUUUGAGUAAAUUUCUGUCCUAUUAGGUUAAUGUCAAACAUUAAAGCUCCUAUGUGAAAUGUUUAUCUGUUAUGAAACAAACUUAAAUUAAUACUAGUGUCUCCUUAUGAAUUUAACGAGCAAACCAUCAGCAACAUCUUUUUUUUUUUUUUUUAAUUCACUUUGCCUGUGAAGGAGUAGUUUAUCAUGCAUAAUACCAAAAAAAGUUUCAAUUAUCUAAGGGUAUUUUUGGAGGGGAGGUAGUUUUGUCAUACAUUUUACUUACAGCUACAAAAUACUGCUUAUAAGCCCUUAUAAAUGUGUUAUAGAAACAUGUACUUGUUAAACAACUCAUAUGCAUUAUGCUCACCCUCUUCACAAAUGCGGCUAUAAGCUGUUAUAAUUGCUUAUUAUGGCAUAUAUGAUGUUAUAAAACCUUGUAGUAGCAUUUAUACAGCUUUAAAAUGUUCUUAUGAUGCAUAUAUCGAUAACACUUUACUUGACGCCUAUCUCCAUAAUGCAUUAUAAAUAUAUGUAUAAUGCAUUAUAAUCACGUUAUAGCACUGUAUAACCAUGGUUAUAAACACUCAUAAAUAGUCAUAAUGCUUUAUAGCAAUAAUCAUAACAUAUAAUAAUAUAUAUAUAUAAUAAAGCAUUUUAUCAUGACUCACAAGAUCAGGUAUUAUAAUGUGUUAUGCUUAUUGUUAUAAAGCCUUAUAAUCAUUUAUGAGUGUUUAUAAUGAUAGUUAUACAAGUUUAUAAGCAAAUUAUAACACAUCAUAAAUAUAUGUAUAAUGCAUUAUCUAUGUGGGCAUCGUCAGUGUGUUGUUAACAGUUAUAACACAUUAUAAUACCUGACCUUGUAAGUCAUGAUAAAAUGCUUUAUUAUAUGUUAUGAUCAUAGCUAUAAAGCAUUAUGAUCAUUUAUGAGUGUUUAUAAUGAUAGUUAUACAAGUUUUUAAGCAAAUUGUAACACAUCAUAAAUAUAUGUAUAAUCCAUUAUCUAUGUGGGCUUAUUCUUUUUCAGCUUCACACGGACUGUGCAGACAUGAGUAGUGACUACUUUCAUAUUUAACUCCCACCAAGACGUUUAUGAAAAAUAUCACUCUGUGCCUUUAAAGAGAUUCAAGCCAGGUUUUUGCUAUGCUAAUGGGAAUAUCACUCUUCAUGACCCAGUGAGACCACAGAGGGGACUUUGAUGCAAAGUUGACUCAGGUGCUCGAGGCAUUUCAAAAAGAGGUUUAACAAUCCUUUUGAUGCUUGUACAACUUUGAUUCGAGGUGGAGUUCCCCUUAAAAUGCAUGAUGUAAUUCUCCAAAUAUUUAGAAAUCCAUUGAUGUGCACACUUUUGAGCAGAGACAACAAUUUAAAUAAAUAACAACCACCAUGAUAUCAGCAUACUUUUGAUAUGAUGUUAGACAGAGCGUGGUCUCUGAUGCUGCUGACAGCUUCUGCGUAACCUCACCGAAGCACGCUGGAGAGUCUUUAAUUUCACUCUAUGUUUUUUUGGGGUUGAACCAAUUUAAGCGUGACGCUAAAAGGGGGAAUUACCAUCAGCUGGUAUUACUGUAAUAUUUCACUCGUUUCUGUGAUCUUUACAACGUGGUUUUCCCAGCGCAGAGAGCGACCUUAGAUGGUAUGACCAACAAACACUUGGCGGUACACUCCACUAGAAAGAAGUCUGAGAUUUCAGACUGCUGGAUCAGAUCUUUUAUUUAAAUGAUCAAUACCCACAAAAAUAAGCCGGCUUGGUCAUUUGAGUUGUUAUCCAAGCUGUUAAAGUCCACAAAGUCACAAACAUGUCAGCUUUAUAUUUUUCUUUCUCCAAAGUCAUGAAUGUAAACACUAUUGUGCUUUAUUCUUUGGAGGCCACAAAGCCUGUAGUUACUGCAAUGUGGGCAGUGUGUGUGUGUGUGCGUGCGUGCGUGCGUGCGUGCGUGCGUGCGUGCGUGCGUGCGUGUGUGUGUGUGUGCAUGUGAGGAGGGGGUGGUUUUAGUUGAAUGCACACUCUGCUGUUUGUUGACUUAAGAUCAUAAUAUGUGGUAGGAGGACGAUUACAUGUGGGGAGCCCAAGUUUCCACAUGCCUGGAAUGUUUCUUCUUCUGUCCGUUCAAGAUCACUAAAACGCUCGGCUGGGUUUGUCGGAUCAUGUGUUUGGAGAGCUGGCGUGUCGUGACGGCUUUGACGAAGCAUGAAGACAUUAUACUGAGAAAUUUGUGACGCUGUCUUUAAAGGAACUAAUAAUAGAUUUGGAUGUCUUAAUAUUCACGCAUGUUUGACUACCCUUUUCUGCGUCUCCUUCAGGGUGUCAGGUCCCCUCCUGUCUCCAGGGAUGAAGGGAACCGGGACGCCUCCUCCUCCGCCUCCUCUGGAGAAACAGCAUGUCCACCCUCAACACAAGCCGUACUCCCACUAUCACCACCAUCAGCUUGCCAGCGACGGUAAGGUUAACCCAAAGACUUCCUGCUGAGCUUGUUUCAGGAAAUCCACCCUGACGUGAAUUCAAGAAAUGUUCAUUGGCAUUUCAAUUUAAUAUCCUGAUUUUUAUUUCCUGUGGCAGGUGGUUCAGAAACAUGUAGAAGGUAUUACUUUCAUAGAACUUCCUGUGAGGGAAUUAAGAGUCAGAUCACUUGAAUAUGCAUGAGAACAACCCUGUGUCUCUUUUUCAAACGCGUACUGCACCAGCACACCCACAUGAAAGGUCUAAAAAGGGAGGAAGUUGUCUCUCAGAGCAGCGAUUCUUCCCCGUGGCUACAUCAGAGUGCUUUUAGGAUGGAGUAAGAUUAGAACCAUCGAGGCAGAGCGGAGAAAACCACAUGCCGGAAGCCUUUCUCCUGCGCUGAAUUGGCCAACAAAAUGCUGGCUCAUGUGCUCAGCUGUCUCUCGGCGCCCUAACAUGGCAGGCUCAGCUGUCACUCCAAAGCCUUUUUCCUAGCGCCUUAAACACUGUUUUCCCUGUAAAGAUCUACACAUGAGCGUUUCUCAAACCACACUGUGGUCAGGGAGUUGCGUAAAAGCACCCAAGGAUAGACUGCUUCCCCAUUAUCGUGACUCCUGCGGUCGUCCAGACUGAGACGAUGAGGACAGAUGCAACAUACUGCAGGGCUGGCACAGAUAGCAAAAACACAAAUAUAACAUUGUCACACAAUUCUGAUCCAAAUCAGGUUUCAGCCGAAUGAAGAGAACGCUUACUUACCUCUGAAACAAUCGACCAUAGAUAAUAGUUAGUCAAUCAAAUCUGGUUUCUAUUUUUCCUCUUUCUCCUCCUAGAAUACCAAGGCAGCUUUCAGAGCUGCUUCCACUUCGGAGACUCCUACAGGAUGGAGCAGACAGUUGGUGGCAUCCAAGUCCCAGGAGAUUCUCACGCAUACAAUUCCCAUCAGCACAACAACUUCCAUAUGCCAACCAACAACACAGGCACACCAGGUGAGAAAAUUUCACUCAGAGCCAACUCGCCUGAAUUACGACCUGGACAAUCUCAUCUAAAUGUUUAACUGGCUGCUCUUUUUUCUCCUCUGCUCCAGGCUUUAGCUUGACCCAGGAGCUUCAAGGUGGCGGUGGAUGCCAGUUCUCCUCAAGCCCAGAGGAAAGCAUCUUCUUCCAGGUGGGAAGCUUUGACCGCAGUCUGAGCCACAUGUCCUCCGUCUACACAGAGACAUAGAGCAGCACCAGAGCAGGGCACGCUUCAGCACACCUCCUCCAGCAGUUUGCUGUCCAAUUUCUUCCACAGACAUCACAUCAGGAAACAGGCUCGAAGAAACCGAUGAGCACUGCAGUGUGUCUCACUUCUUACCGUAGUCUCAAUGGUUGUGGCACAUUUCACUUCUCUUUGAGUCCAAGUAAGUGAUUAUAGAGGGACUGGAACACUUUGGCUUGUAUCCCCUCACAGAAUGUGUCAGCACCAGUUGCUUAAAAACACAUUUGGAGGUAUUCCCUGUUGUAAUAGUAGAAAUAAUAAUCUUACUCAACCAUAAAAACCACCAGUGAUGUCAAAGUGAUAUCAUGGUGACGAUGGUGUUCCUGGAAUCAGGCAAAAAUCUGUGUCCCAAACUAGAAGUGGACCUGGAGUGUAAGGUAUUCCAGCAUUUACCAGGCAGGGAGAGUCUAAUAACAGAUGCAAAGCUGCACUAUUGUUGGAACCAAUGUUGUUGGAUGUCAAAUGUCUCUUUGGUCAUUCAGUUUGUAAUAUGGCUCUGGCAAAAACAAGUGUAGUGCCUUGAAAGUAUGACAGCUGUUUGAGCCUUCAAAUUUGUCUUUUAAUUCUGCCUCAGCCCUGAACCACAGCUUGGGGACCACUGGGUUAUAAGCCUUGAAAAACUCCUCUGGAAAAAAAGGUUAAAAAAUGAAAUUUAAAACCCUAACCAUAGAUUUAAAAUGAUUAAAACAAGCCUGAAAAAUGACAGGGAAGUCUCACCUCGCCAACAAAGAUGAAGAAUUACGGUUUUAAAAAAAUAACCCCGUCAGUCCCAAUAGGGAAAAAAAGAGAUGUGCUCAGGUUGGUAGGUACAAUCCAGGUACUCUUUUGAAAUACUGUCACUAUGGGGAAGCCACGGGGGCUUUCUUGAGUAGGGGACAAGGUAAAAAGCCUUAAUUCAUAUAGAAUAUGAAUCAUGGUAUAUCUUGUAAAAAUCAAUGACAUUAAAGUAAAGAAUCCGCUGCUUUUGACCCACACAGUCUUCACCAAACAAAUGAGAUUUAUUUAUGACAUAAUGUGGCCUGGAGGCUGUGAAAAGCAGAGAUUACAUUGUAUGGCCAGUGUGAUCUGGUAAACAGUUAAUGUAAGACAUGCAAAACCUAGUCAGUGUUUUGAUUUCUACCCUCUUUUUGCAUCCUGUGAAAAACAUUUGCAAAGACAGCUGAGAAAGUUUAAUACUCAGGUGGAUGGAAUAGCACUUCAUGUGUUUAUGAGAUUGGCCUUGAGUGAAUAAAGGCACCUUGUUCAAUUUCCACCUGGAAGACAGCUGCUGUGGCUUCCCCUUAUUGACACAACCCUGUUAGUCUUUUAAGUAUCUGUGUUUUCUUUCUUUGGUUCACUAUCACUCAUCAUUUUACAGAGUCUAAUUUGGACACACUGGUGCUAACACUUUCACACACGUCAUAUUUCAAGCUCAAAAAUUCAGUUUUUCAGACUCAGUGUUGACCUGUAAUUACAAAACCGCCCUUGCUGUCUUUUUUAAUGUUUUCCUCUCUGAUCUACAUAUUUCACUCUGUUUUAAAAUGAAGUGAGAAAAGAUUAUAUCAUUUUGCUGUGUCGUUGUAACAGUGGAAAAAAAAUGUUUGCAUUUCUGUAUUUUGUUAUUGAUUUAUUUUUGUUUUCUUUGAUUGAUCUCUGGAGGAGGUUCGAACCCAUAACUCAGCAAUAAUGCAGAGAAACAACCUACUUUAUUAUAAUAUGUAAAAAAUGUACAGUUUGUUUACAACAGUUAUUUGAAUGUUUGUCCUUUCUCUAAUAAGAAAUAAAUAAUUGUAUGAUCAUCAUGA